CACCGUCACUGGUCAGCAGCCAGCCAGCGCUGGCCUUUUGUCUGCCUCUCCCCAACCGCAGCCCAGCUCCUGGCUGGCAGCGUGGGAAUCGCAGAGCCGAGCCUUUCCUGGGCAUUGGGACUGUCUCUCGCUGGUGAGGCCGGCCAGGAGGCAGCGGCAGCAGGACAAAGCCCCUUUCUGGGCACCUGGCAAGGCCAGUCGCCAUGACCUCUGCGGCCCCUGCAACAACCACUCUCUCCUCCACCUCCUUCCAGGGAGAAGAAGCCUUGCAGGUGUUGAAUCAAUCUUUGACAUUUUGUAAAGGAUCGGGUAGGGAAACGGACUGAAACGAGGCCGGUCCUUCCUCAUCGCAGGUGCAAAUUCCUGGCAGCGUAGAAGGGAGGCGGCAGCAGUCCUUGAAGGGGCUUUCGGCCUAGUGCCUCUGUUCUGCUGGUGGUUACUAUUGAUAUAUCUUUAUUCAUACCCCGCCAAGGCAGCCUUGUUCCCCUUCUGCAGGCUGUGGGGCCAGUUUUGCAUGCCUUCCUGGUUUGCGGCUGUUGAGCCUUUCCUCCUGAGCUCUCUGGCCCCUCUUCUUUCCUUUCCUUUAAUCCUUCGCUUAUUGCAAUCCACUCCUUGGCCAGGGAAGUUAAUCUGCUACCUUCAACAGCUGCCUCAAAAGCCAGCUGUGUCUUCUCUCCCCUCCUCGAAAAAGCUUUUGCUCCUUCCUUUUGCCGCUGCCCUUCCCCUCCCUCGCUCUCUCUCCUCUCCCAUAGCUGCCCAGCCCCAGAGUGUUAUGUUCUGGCUCCGUGGAAUUUCCUUUGCCUUCGAGUGGCUGCCAAGCCAAGGAGAGCCCCCCCCCCCGUCCCACCAGCCAGUUUCCAUGAGCUCUGCUUGGAGUGGGGAUUUGUGCUUCCUGAGCAUGGAGACGCUGUCCCUGGAGCCCAGUAGCGAUGGAUCGGUGGCCCCGGGAGUUCGCCCGUGGGAAGGAAGCCGCAGCGUGCAGACUGGGGGGAUCCCAGAGGGAAUCUGUGGGUGCCCCUUCGGAGGAGGAGCAGACGGAGAGGCUCAAGAACUAACACAUGGUCCCUUCCUUUAGCCACUAGUUUCCUAAUACUUAUUACAGUGGUACUUCGGGUUACAGACGCUUCAGGUUACAGACUCCGCUAACCCAGAAAUAGUACCUCGGGUUAAAUACUUUGCUUCAGGAUGAGAACAGAAAUCGUGCAGUGGUGGUGCGGCAGCAGCGGGAGGCCCCAUUAGCUAAAGCGGUACCUCAGGUUUAGAACAGUUUCAGGUUAAGAAUGGACCUCCAGAACAAAUUAAGUUCUUAACCCUAGGUACCACUGUAUAUAUUUCUCCCCAAGCAAUUCUUUUGGCACUGGAAUCCCAGCUUUCCCAGGGUUCAUGGAGCAGCUCUCCAGCAUGUGGUGUAGUGGUUAGAGCGUUGGAAAUAGGGCCUGGGGGAGACUUGGGUUCAGGAGGAAGCCAGCCGCCCUCCCCAACCAAGGGUGCUUUGUCCCCGGCGCAAACUGAUGCCUGUGACUUGACCACACCGGCCAUCUGCCCCGUCUCCCUUUUUUCCCUUCUCCCGCCUUCCAACCGUGUCUCAUUUCCUGGAGGAAAUGUCACAGCGGCAAGACAUGAGUAAUGGGGAUGACAUACCGUGAGCUUCCUUCUCCUUGCAAGAGCCGUGCGGGGAAGACGGGUUUGGAAGGAGCCCAGAGAGGAGGAUGAGAAAGCUGAUGAUGUCGCUCACAAGGAACAGGGUCUCCAGAUAAGCAGUUCGGAGGCCAAGUGUGAAGGGGAAAGCCAGGAAUUCGGGGCGGGGGCUUGUACUUGUGUCUCCCUUUGCAAGUGCAAACACUUUCAACUUCUUGCUGACCUUCUUAAUAGGAGAAUGGUCCUUGAGUGCUUGAGAGCGAUCACUUUGCGUAGCCUGCUUUUCUGCUUGUUGCAAGAAACCACAUGUUGGGUUUGGGCGUUCUAAGGAGGCAAGGAGGUUUCCACAAGGGAGAGACAGGUUUGUGUCCAGGGGGAUUUGUGGCUCUGCGUGCUGCUGUCUCGGCCACUAUCCGUGCCCGACUUGGGCGUCCGUGUUCUUCAGGUGGGCUUUGGCUUGCAGAAGCUAGUUACCAAUAGCUCACCUCCAGGGUUUGAAAUUGCCCAGGCGCCAGGUACAUUGUGCUAUGGGCACAUGCCGAAUUGCGACCCAGAUUUCUGGGUGCCAGUUUAAAAACCUCUGCCUUAGUCCAUAGUUAAUUCCAUUUCCCUUUCUGCUGUGUGUGUUUCUCCUUCUGGGAUAAGUGAAUUGUUGUAAGAGCAAGCUAGAGUCAAGCAGUGUAGCUGAGACUGUAGAAUCGUAGUGUUGGAAAGGACCCCAGGUCAUCUAGUCCAACCCCCUGGUGAAUAGACCACAACCUAGGUUUAAGGUGGCAUUUGGCACCUAGCUUCUAUAUCUGAGUUUCUAGCACUGCUUACCUCAGGGGAUGGUGUGAUUUCUUGUCCCCUGUGGAACCCAUGCCUUGCCCCCCUUAUCCUUGUUCUGAACCCAGUUUGGCCCGGGUUUGCUUUAUUUAUUAAAUUUACUAGAUUCCUUCUCUCGCUGCAGGCAACUCGAUGCGCCUUUACAGAACCAAAGCAAAACAAUAGCAACAAAAACCCCCAACCCAUACAGUGGUACCUCUGGAUGCGAACGGGAUCCGUUCUGGAGCCCCGUUCACAUCCUGAAGCGAACGUAACCUGUGCGGGGCGUGAUUUGCCGCUUCUGCACAUGUGCGAGACGUCAUUUUGAGCAUCUACGCAUGCACGAGUGGCGAAACCCAGAAGUAACACGCUCCAUUACUUCCAGGUUGCCGCGGAGCGCAACCCGAAAAUACUAAUCCCGAAGCUACUUCAACCCGAGGGAUGACUGUACAUUCAUUAAAUGUUUUCUUUCCGGGGGGAGAGAAAAAAGAAGAAGAAACCCCUGCUUUAAAAGGCCAUAGAUUGCUUAGAAGCCAAAAUACCUGGCUGAAGAGGAAUGUUUCUGCCUGGCACCUAAAUAUAUGUAAGGAAUUCUCAUACAAAGAAGGAGCUCAGGUGGCGAUUGCAGGGUCUGGGUUUAGCCUGGUCCCCUGAGGCGGUCCCUCUGAAGCCCCCUUUCCCACAUGUUGUUUUGCCUGCAUCAAUUUCUGUGUGGUAGUUCAGUGCGAGAGGAUUUGACGGGGGCGAGCUCUUGGCUUGCCAGUUUUUUCCCCCCUGGCCGACGAGUCUAGAAAAGCUGGUAUUCUGAUCAUGUUGGAACAUUUCGGAUGCGGCGCUGCGUAUCUAGGGGGAAUGCAUGGAAUGGAUUUCACAUGGAUUUCUAAGAUGCUUGUGAAUGAAUCAAGUCCUGUUUCCUCCUACAAGCCCUGGGAAAGCAAUUAGCCACAGAGUUUGUUUUGCCAGGAGAACGUCGUGGUGUUGGAAGCACCCUGAGACCGGGUGAUUCGAACCCGGGCGCAUCUGCCUUUCCAGUCUGGGCUCUGAUGAAAAUGAGGGUGCCUUUUUCUCUGGCUUGCCUGCAUCAGAGGAGCUUCUGUUCGUUUCGAUUAGGCUUGCGCAGGAGCUGCUGCUCUGAAACAGCUUGCAUCUUUCAGCCUGGGGCUGUUGUUCGGAGCCUGCACCCCAGAGAGUCCCACAGCCUAACCAAAAAUGCAUGCUCUGUUUGAAUGCUCUGAUGGUGUUUCCUGCUUGGCAGGGGGUUGGACUCGAUGGCCCUUGUGGUCUCUUCCAACUCUAUGAUUCUAUGAAGGCAAACUCUCCUCAGGGGAAGAGAAAAAGAGAGCAAGAGGCAGUGCUAGAAACUCAGAUAUAUCAGCUAAUCAUCAAAUGGCACCUUAAACCUAGGUUACGGUCGCCACAACAGAAUGUCUAGGUGCCUUUUUUUGCCAUGAGAUUUAUUAGUAGUAGUAGUAUUCUUUUCAUUUCUAUGCCGAUUCAUAUUUUAAAGGGGGGGAAACCUCAAAGCGGUUUACAAUACAUUAACACAUCAAAUAAAACAACCCAGAAUAAACCAGAUUCAAGCUUCAAGGAAAAUAUUUCAGAUCAUUCUCUAAGCGACGUUUGCCUUUCUCCAUAUUUAUUCACCUACUUACGGUAAUUUCCUGAGCUGCCCCAUAGCAGAAGUGCCUUAGGAAGCCAUUGUGGUGUAGUGGUUCAAGUGUCGGACCUGGGAGAUCAGGGUUCGAAUCCCGACUCUCUCAUGAAGCUCACAGUUGCAGCCUUUUAACCUCCCUCACAGGGUCGUUGUAGGGAUUAACAGAGGAGGGGGGGUGAACCAUGUGCCAGAGAUCUCCACGGGGUUGCAAUUGGACCCAGGGCAGUUGCAAAAUGCGCUUAGCGCCUGGUGAAUUUCAAACACUGGCGAGAGGAUGCCCAGAGCUACCUAUCUGGCUGUUCUUCUUGCCUUAUUAAUUUGCUGAGGGAGGCAGAGCACUGACCAUGAGCUGCCACUGCUAUUCUGGGCCCAUUUAUGGGGACUGCCGUCCUCUUCAGCCCACACAAGGGCUCUCACCUAUAUUCGUGCGGUACCUAAUUCAUGCUACGACUCGGCCGGGCCAUCUGUCGCCCUUUUUGAUUGACUGGUUCAAUGGGAUCUGCACAGUGUGAUUAUUCUGGUGUAAACAUCUUUUCUGCCUGGCGUUGCCGGCGUCGGGGUCAGAUGCCUCCGAGACUUUGCUUUGCAGAGCAGGCUCUUUGUUGUGCUCUCUCUGCUUUGCAAUCCCGGGCCGGCUCCAGGAGGCGGCUUUGGUCUGUGUCCAACUCGCACUUGUGCAAAUGGAGGCUGCGUUCUUGGCAUUUGCUGGACAAGCUCCUCUCUCGCCCCCUUGUCAUUGUCUGCUUGUGACAAGUGCCAGUGCCUUUUUAGGGGGUGCCUUGGUGGAUUGGGGGGGGGGACACGGGUGGCGCUGUGGUCUAAACCACUGAGCCGAGGGCUUGCCGAUCAGAAGGUCGGCGGUUCGAAUCCCCGUGACGGGGUGAGCUCCCGUUGCUCGGUCCCUGCUCCUGCCAACUUAGCAGUUCGAAAGCACAUCAAAGUGCAAGUAGAUAAAUAGGUACCACACCGGUGGAAAGGUAAACGGCAUUUCCAUGUGAUGCUCUUGUUUUACCAGAAGCGGCUUAGUCCUGCUGGCCACAUGACCCAGAAAAACUGUCUGUGGACAAACGCCGGCUCCCUCAGCCAGUAAAGCGAAAUGAGCGCCGCAACCCCAGAGUCGUUCACGACUGGAUUUAACUGUCAGGGGUCCUUUACCUUUGCCUUUUGGUGGAUGGACACCGGUAUCCCAGCAUAGGGUUUGUUUCGGGGGGGGGCAUUUGUGGAGAGGAUCCCAUGAGGAGAAGGGAGCCUUGCUUCUUCUGCCCUCCUGGAGAGAGGAAUGGCCUUUGUGAAGGUUGCAUUUUCUCACACCCUGCUGGGGAACAGGCAGAGCAAAGAAGAUAACAACAGAGAAAGGCUUUUUCGGCCAGAGUCAAGGCGGGCAGAGCCGUAGGUGUGCAACUGUGGCUUUGCGGCUUAGCAAGCGUACAGUGAUGCUUUGGCAGAGGGCGGUGUGCCUUCGCCCGCCUGCUGUCCUCCUCCCUUGCUCACUGAGUCACAAAGCAAACAAGCUGUUCUCUCUGUGGCAGCCAAGCUCCACAACCCAGGAACGCUUUCCUCAGGGACCACGGGGCUGCCCUUGUAGACACAGCUGGAGCCUGAAACAGAGCACCUGGCCUCCAAGAUUUGGCCUGACAAGACAGAAGUACUGCUUUGGGGGGACGGGAGGCGGGCAGGUGUGGAGGACUCCCUGGUCCUGAAUGGGGUAACUGUGCCCCUGAAGGACCAGGUGAGCAGCAUGGAAGUCAUUCUGGACUCACAGAUGUCCAUGGAGGCGCAGGUCAAUUCUGUGUCCAGGGCAGCUGUCUACCAGCUCCAUCUGGUACGCAGGCUAAGACCCCACCUGACUACUGCAAUGCGCUCUAUGUGGGGUUACCUUUGAAGGUGACCCGGAAACUACAACUACAGUGGUACCUCGGGUUAACUACUUAAUUCGUUCCAGAGGUCUGUUCUUAACCUGAAACACCACUUUAGCUAAUGGGGCCUCCUGCUGCCGCUGCACCGCCGGAGCACAAUUUCUGUUCUUAUCCUGAAGCAAAGUUCUUAACUUUAAGCACUAUUUCUGGGUUAGCUGAGUGUGUAACCUGAAGUGUAUGUAACCCGAGGUACCACUGUAAUCCAGAAUGCGGCAGCUAGACUGGUGACUGGGAGCGGCCGCUGAGACCACAUAACACCCGUCUUGAAAGACCAACACUGGCUCCCAGUACAUUUCUGAGUACAAUUCAAAGUGUUGGUGCUGACCUUUAAAGCCCUAAACGGCCUUGGUCCAGUAUAUCUGAAGGAGUGUUUCUACCCGGACACUGAGGUCCAGCGCCGAGGGCCUUCUGGCAGUUCCCUCACUGCGAGAAGCCAAGUUACAGGGAACCAGAGGGCCUUCUCGGUAGUGGCACCCACCCUGUGGAACGCCCUCCCACCAGAUGUCAAAGAGAUAAACAACUACCAGACUUUUAGAAGAUAUCUGAAGGCAGCCCUCUUUAGGAAAGCUUUUAAUGUUUAAUAGAUUAUUGCAUUUUAAUAUUCUGUUGGAAGCUGCCCAGAGUGAAGAAGAAGAAGAGUUUGGAUUUGAUAUCCCACAUUUCACUCCCUUUAAGGAGUCUCAAAGCAGCUAACAUUCUCCUUUCCCUUCCUCCCCCACAAUAAACACUCUGUGAGGUGAGUGGGGCUGAGAGACUUCAGAGAAGUGUGACUGGCCCAAGGUCACCCAGCAGCUGCAUGUGGAGGAGCGGAGACGCGAACCCGGUUCCCCAGAUUACGAGACUACCGCUCUUAACCACUACACCACAGUGGUAAUAAAUUAUUAUUAUUAUUCCCCUUCCAAAGGCAAGAGGGCCUGCCAUGUGCCCCAUUCAGCCGCUGCUUUUUACCAGGCUCCCAAGCAAGGUUUUCGCCAGCAGGGCUGCUCCAAAGGGCUGGCGUCUUGCACACACUCAUCUUGCAGUGUCAGGACUACAUUGGCCCUUGGGGAGAAACCCUGAGGAAUUCUGGGACUCGGUGCAAGCAUUUGAAAGGAAGGAAGACCUGUGGGAUCUUGAGCCCAGCAGUGUUUGAAAUUCCCCCAGGCACAUUUUGGUCCAGCUGUCACUACGUGGAGAUUUCUGGGAGCCAUGUUGGCGACCACACUUUGAAAACCUCCGCCUUAGUCCACAGUUAAUUCCAUUUCCAGGGUGUGUGUUUUUUCUUCUUGAACACUGGCACAAGGGAAUUGCUGUAAGAGCAGGCUGCAGCCAAGCAGUUGACAUCAUAGGAUUGUAACACUGGAAGGGACCCCAAGGGUCAUCCAGUCCAGCCCCCUGGCGAACAGGCAUCCCGCUGUGGCCACCGCAAACUAGAUUUAAGGUGCCAUUUGGCGACUAGCUUAUAUAUCUGUGUUUUUAACACUGGAGACCCGGUCCUGUGCCCUGAGACAGGCUAGUGUCGACCUGCUCCUUGAAAAACCUCAAGGAGUCAUCUGUGGCCCAGACUGCUUCUUCCAAAGCUAUAAUAAUAAUAAUAAUAAUAAUAAUAAUAAUAAUAAUAUGAAGGUCCUCCUUUACUGGGCCACCUCCACUGUGAGGGCAUGGAUGGGCCAGGGCAGAUGUUUCUGGGCAUGAGAAUGAUGCCCACACCCCCAGCAGUCGGGAGAGCCUGUUCAGCUUGUGUGCUUUGCAAAAAAUGGCUAUUUUUUUUUUCAAGGGUUGGGGGGCUUCUGCUUAAGGAGUCUGGCUUGGGGAUUGACUUGGAGGAAGAGGGGAUUUGGGCUGUCUGCAGACGGGUUUCUCUGUCUACUCUCCCCUAAGCUGCUGCUGCCGCCGCAGGGGAUGCAUCCUGCAAGGGAGGUUGGCUUGGCUGAGAGAGCUCAGCCGGGGCUCAGCUGGUGCUGCUGGAGGGGGUGACUCCCACCGCUCUUCCUGGCCUGCAAGGCUCUUGACCCCCUCCCUCUGCCCCUCUGCCAGCACGGAGGAGCACCUGUGGCUGCUGUGCGCAAGGCAGGCGCCUACCUGCCUCUGGUCCAUGGGUAGGCAACCUAAGGCCCGGGAGCUGGAUCCGGCCCAAUCGCCUUCUAAAUCCGGCCCGCGGACGGUCUGGGAACCGGUGUGUUCUUACAUGAGUAGAAUGUGUCUCUCUUUUUUGUAUUUCUAUUAAAGAUUUUCUUGAUUUACAGAAGUAUGUGUAAUGUCUCUCGGAUUUUUUCUAUGUAACGUUUUUACAAAUCAGUUUCAUUUGUUGAGACAUUCGGAAGAAAAGGGGGAGGGGGGGAAGAUGGGUGGGGGUGGGGUGGGGUGGGGUGGGAAUGUUUCUAUUUUGCUUAAUGUAUGUGGGGUUUGGUGAUAGCGUUGCUUCUACAGGUUCUUUGCUGUUCACUUGUGUUCCUUUGGUGGUGAGAGAGGUUGGGGUUGGCCUAGGGUGUGGUUGUUCAUUUGGGGUUGGCUGUGGUGGUCUUUGUUUUCAUGUGCGAGUGGGGUAGGUGGGUGUUUUGGGUCAGGUUAGCCAUAUUGAUUUGUAUGCUGUUGGUGGAUUCUUGUCAUUGUCUUGUUGGGCUGUGUGUGUGAUAAAGGGGAGCCGUACCGGGGUGAAGGCGACUUCUUCUAUUUGUCCCUGUGUCAGUUUCAGUUCAUUGGUUAAUUUUUCUAGUAGGGCUGUUUCCCAUACUAUUUGGUACCAUUGGUCCAUGCUUACUCCUGACAGGUCUCUCCAGUGUCUGGUUAUGGUGUUUCUGGCUGCUGAAAGUAGGUGGGUUAUGAGUUCUUUGUGGUGUAAAUGGGCAUUGUUGUCUUGGAAGAUGUUUAGUAGGGCCAAUUCUGGGGUGAUUUCUGGGGUGCAUGCGCUAGUUAUCUCCUGCUUGGACUACUGCAAUGCGCUCUACGUGGGGCUACCUUUGAAGGUGACCUGGAAACCGCAACUGAUCCCGAAUGUGGCAGCUAGACUGGUGACUGGAGGUGGCCGCCAAGACCAUAUAACACCGGUCUUGAAAGACCUACAUUGACUCCCAGUACGUUUCCGAGCACAAUUCAAGUAUUGGUGCUGACCUUUAAAGCCCUAAACGGCCUCAGCCCUGGAUACCUGAAGGAGUGUCUCCACCCCCAUUGUUCUGCCCAGACACUGAGGUCCAGUGCUGAGGGCCUUUUGGCGGUUCCUUCACUGCGAGAAGCGAAGCUACAGGGAACCAGGCAGAGGGCCUUCUCGGUGGUGGCGCCCGCCCUGUGGAACGCCCUCCCACCAGAUAUCAAAGAAAUAAACAACUACAGUCAUACCUCUUGUUAUGUUUGCUUCAUGAUACGUUUUUUCAGGUUGCAUCUUGUGGCGACCUGAAAGUAUCAGAAAGGGUUACUUCCAGGUUUCGCCACGCACAUGCGCAGAUGCGCAAAAUGACGUCAUGUGCAUGCACAGAAGCGGCGAAUUGCGGCACGCACAGACACAGGUUGCGUUCCUUUCAGGUUGUGAAUGGGGCUCCGAAACGGAUCCUGUUCGCAACCAGAGGUACCACUGUAUCUGACUUUUAGAAGACAUCUGAAGGCAGCCCUGGCCAGGGAAGUUUUUAAUGUGUGACAUUUUAAUGUAUUUUUAAUCUUUGUUGGAAGCCGCCCAGAGUGGAUGGGGAAACCCAGACAGAUGGGCGGGGUACUACUACUACUACUACUAAUAAUAAUAAUAAUUCCAGCUAAGCCCAAGGAAGAACUUCCUUGUGGCAAGAGCUGUUUGAGAGUGGGACGGACUCCCUUGGAAGGUGGUGGGCUCCCCUUCACUGGAGGUUUUCCAAGCAGAGGUUGGCUGGCCAUCCAUCAGGGAUGCUUUCGCUGAGAUUCCUGCAUUGCAGGGGGUUGGACUAGAUGGCCCCUGGCUGCCCCUUCCAGCCCUACAAUUCUGUGCUCCACCUACUGAGCAAUUGGUUGCCUUUUGGCAGGAGUUACCGGGCUGCGUCAUUUAUAAAGCUGACGGUGGGAGGCAUAGCUGUCAACAUUUCCCUUUGUUUUUAAGGGACAUCCCCUUAUUCCGAAUAGGAUUCCUCGCAAGAAAAGGGAAAAGUUGACAGCUAUGGGUGGGAGUUAAGCGACCUGGAAGGCAGGUGGAAAAGAAGCCUCAAGCUGUUUGGCCACCGCAGGGGCGGCGUUCUCGUGGCACGAACCACGGCUGAUCUCUGACCUGCACAGCCCUCCAGAGCCCGGCCAUAAAUCACCGCUCGGUUGCAGGCAGGUUGCAAGAGGAAUCGAUCGGAUCAGAGCCUCGGAGGCCGGGACUUUGAACCGUCUGGCUGGGCCGCUCCAGGUUUCUAUGGUAACAGAGGACUUCCAUGUUUGCAGGGCAGCAGAGGUGCGUUAGUGGUUUGGCCGUUUCAUUUUUCCGUGGCUGAGGUCAGGACCGGCCCUGGCUUGCAAGCCCCGGGUGCCGAGUUGUUGUUUAUUUUUAAAAUAUUUUAUUAAAGUUUUCUUGGUUUACAAAGGUCUGCGCAAUGUCUCUUUCUUCAAGUUACGUUUUCCAUAGGUCAGUUUCAUUUGUUGAGACGUUAGGGUUACAUUAGGAAGAAAAAAGGGUGGAAUAGUAAUAAUAAUAAUAAUAAUAAUAAUAAUAAUUUGUACCCCGCCCAUCUGGCUGGCUUUCCCCAGCCACUCUGGGCGGCUUCCAACAAAGAUUAAAAAUACAUUAAAAUGUCACACAUUAAAAACUUCCCCAAACAGGGCUGCCUUCAGAUGUCUUCUAAAUAUCAGGUAGUUGUUUAUUGCUUUGACAUCUGGUGGGAGGGAAUUCCACAGGGCGGGCGCCACCACUGAGAAGGCCCUCUGCCUAGUUCCCUGUAACUUUGCUUCUCGCAGCGAGGGAACAGCCAGAAGGUCUUCGGCGCUGGACCUAAGUGUCCGGGCAAAACGAUGGGGGUGGAGACGCUCCUUCAGGUCUACUGGGCCUUUGAGGCCGUUUAGGGCUUUAAAGGUCAGCCCCAACACUUUGAAUUGUGCUCAGAAACUGACUGGGAGCCAAUGUAGGUCUUUCAAGACUGGUGUUAUGUGGUCUUGGCGGCCGCCCCCAGUGGAGGGGGAGGGGUGGGGGUGGGAGGCGAUACAGUGGUACCUCGGGUUACAUACGCUUCAGGUUACAGACUCUGCUAACCCAGAAAUAGUACCUCGGGUUAAGAACUUUGCUUCAGGGUGAGAACAGAAAUCGUGCUCCAGCUGCGGGAGGCCCCAUUAGCUAAAGUGGUGCUUCAGGUUAAGAACAGUUUCAGGUUAAGUACGGACCUCCGGAACAAAUUAAGUACUUAACCCAAGGUACCACUGUAUUUCUAUUUUGCUUAAUGUACGUGUGGGUUUUUGUGUCAGCGUCGUUUGCGCAGGUUCUCUUUGCUGUUCACUUGUGUUCCUUUGGUGGUGGUUCUGAAGCCCCUUUAGGGUUGAAGCCGGACUGAGGAUCACCUGGCUGUGCUCAGGUGUGGCCACAGCUGCCCCCACCUGGACCAGAGAGGCAGCGGCUGUUGCAGGUGCCUGGAUUGCUGCCCUGGGUCCAAAGCUCCUUCCCUUUCCAGCUGGGCUGGGAACACUAGUUUGGCGCCUUACGAGUGCCAGGAGUAGGGCAGUGUGUCCUCACAAGUCAAGGGACCCCCUCGGAUAUUGGUGGGUUCUUCUUCCUCGGAGGUUUUUAAACUGCGGUGGCGACAUCACUCAGUUGGUUAGAGCGUGGUGCUGAGAACGCCAAGGUUGCGAGUUCGAUUCCCGUCUGGGGCAGCUGCGUUGUCCUGCAUUUCAGCGGGUUGGACUAGAUGAUCCUCGGGGUCCCUUCUAAUGAUUCUGUGAUUUAAAGGAGCACGAAGCUUCUGCAUGCUGUUGAGCUGCUGAAUUUGAGGGUGGGAGGUGUGUGUGUGUGUGUGUUGGGGGUUUGGAGCCGGAAAUCCAAACCGUCAUUUCCUUUGCAGCGUUUUAAAGCCGCAGCCAAAGAAGGACUGCAUCUGUCAUUGUGCGUAGCAGAUGAACUCCGGGGAAAUGGAAGUCUCCCCUGUGGGCAAGAAAGCAGAUGGGGGACAGUUUGGGUCUUAAGUGGCUGGCAAUUAAACAGUUAAUUACUCCCCCCCAAAUCCCUUGGGAAGGAGCAAUUAACCAUUUUCCUGCAGGCUGCUUAAGAUCAAAAUUGUCCUCCAUCUGCUUUCUUGCCCACAGGAGAGAUUCCCUUGGGUGAGGAAUCAGAGAGUGUGCCUGGCAGGAAAGGGUUAAGCAUGCCUCUCCCAAAUGCUGCCCCUCUGAGAAGCUACACACACACACACACACACACACACACACACACAAACACACACACACACCCUUGGAACUAGUGUGUGCUUGUGUGCAGAUAAAUGAUCACCAGUCUACACUGGAGGGUUGUUGUAUUCUGUGCUCCCUCUCUCUGCCACUGCCUCUGUCCAGCUUGUAACAUGGAAUAUAUUUUCAUUUCCAACGGCAGGUCACUCUUAAAAAGAAAGUUUUAUUUAAAAAAAUUAAAUAGUCCAUUGAAUGUAAAAUGACCCAAAGCAUGAACCAUGAAUCAUAGAGUUGAAAGGGAUCUUGACUGCCAUCUAGUCGAACCUCAUGCCAUACAGGAAUAUGCGCUGGCCAAGGCAACAUGACCAAGACACUGAGAUCCAGUGCAGACGGCCUUCUGGCGGUUCCCUCAUUGCAAGAAGCGAAGUUACAGGGAACCAGGCAGAGGGCCUUCUCGGUAGUGGCGCCCGCCCUGUGGAACGCCCUCCCAUCAGAUGUCAAGGAAAUAAGCAGCUAUCCUAUUUUUAAAAGACAUCUGAAGGCAGCCCUGUUUAGGGAAGUUUUUAAUAUUUAAUGCUGCAUUGUUUUUAACACUCGAUUGGGAGCGGCCCAGAGUGGCUGGGUGGGGUAUAAAUAAUAAAUUUGUUGUUGUUAUUAUUAUUAACAUAGUUCUGGCUAACAGUCUCCUGGGACUGGGGUGGCUCCUAGAAUCAGAUGGGUGCCAGGGUCCCGAUGGCGGGCAGAACAGGGGCAGGCAAAGAAGCUGCUUGGAAAAGCAUGUCUGCCAAGGAACUUGGUGGCCAGAGCAGGUUUGCUGUGGUCCAGCACCCCUUGGAGGGAAGAGGAUUUAGUUUCAUUUUAUUUUUCAUACUUGUUUUUAUUGAUACUUGCCCAAGGAUAUGCAAAAGUCCACACCCAAUGCAAAGUUUCUUUUUAUAAUGCACCAGAAUAAUUUUUAAAAAAUGUUUUUAAAAUCUAAUCUUAAAAGGAACAGAAGGGAAAAGGUAAAGAAAGGAAAAAGAGGGUGAAAAGAAAACGGGGAGCAGGGGGGGAGAUAAGAAGACUUCCGGUUCUCUGUUAGCUAGAUAUAGUAUUCACUCAUUAACAUCCAGCUAUUCUAUAAGCCCAGUAGUUAUGGAUGGAAGUGAGAGCUGGACCAUAAUGAAGGCUGAUCGCCGAAGAAUUGAUGCUUUUGAAUUCUGGUGCUGGAGGAGACUCUUGAGAGUCCCAUGGACUGCAAGAAGAUCAAACCUCUCCAUUCUGAAGGAAAUCAGCCCUGAGUGCUCACUGGAAGGACAGAUCCUGAAGCUGAGGCUCCAAGACUUUGGCCACCUCAUGAGAAGACUCCCUGGAAAAGACCCUGAUGUUGGGAAAGAUGGAGGCCACAAGGAGAAGGGGAUGACAGAGAAUGAGAUGGUUGGACAGUGUUCUCGAAGCUACCAGCAUGAGUUUGACCAAACUGCGGGAGACAGUGGAAGACAGGAGUGCCUGGCGUGCUCUGGUCCAGGGGGUCACGAAGAGUCGGACACGACUAAACGACUAAACAACAACAUUCUAUAAGCUAAUUCCCCCCCCCCCCCCCAAUUUUCAAAUCCAGAUUUACCAAGUUCAUUUCCCCUUUCGUGAAAAAGGUCCAUAAGAGGGCAGGAGGAUUUAUUAAGAGCAAAAGAAGAGCCUGCUUGGUCCAGCCAGGGGCCCAUCGAGUCCAGCAUCCUGUUCUCACAGUGGCAGACCAGAUGCCCAUUAUGGAAAAUCUGCAAGCAGGGUCCGAGUGCGAGAGCAACACUCUCCCCUCCUCUGGUUUCCAGAAACUGGGAUUCAGAUGCUGGAGGCUGUGGCUCAGCCUUCUGAGCUAGUAGACAUUGACAGCCGUCUUCUUUAAUAGGCAGCCAGGUCGGUGGCCAUCGCUGCUUUGUUCGUUGCUUCUUACCUAGAAGGUAGGAGUCGGAAGGGACCCCAGGGGCCAUCUAGCCUGACCCCCUGCAAUGAGGAAUAAAAUGCAGGUCUGCAAGCAAGUUGCAUUUGUGAGCCUAAAUGCAGCAUACUUGUGUGGGUGGUGGGGGAAAGUAAUCUCCUUUGAGAAAACAAACUCGAAGGCUUCUAACACAGAAAGAUUGGAAAUCUAAAUCUAAUAUAAGCUCUUGUCACUUCUUAUUAGGUGUUACUGUGGGGUUUUGGUUUCUUUUUGCAAUUGCAAAGUUGUUGUUUUUAAAAAGCAAUUAAUGUUUUAUUUUAAAUCUUUGCGACCCUGUCUGGGGACCCUUGGGUGAAGGGCAAGUAAUCUUCAUCUCAGUACAGUGGGGUGAGAGGAAACUGCAGUGGCUGUGGAAUCGGGGUGUUGUUGUUGUUUUGCAAACCGUUCCAGCAAGCCAGGAGACCUGCCAUUUCACUGAUGUCUUUAAGAAAUCCGGGAAACUCUCCUUGCUGCAGGGGAAGCCUUUGAAAGCCCUCGUCUCAUGGUGCUUGUCAAAGAACAGCACGUCCGACGUAUUGCAAUGCAUGCCUGUACAGCCAUACCUCGGGUUACAGACGCUUCAGGUUGCGCGUUUUCGGAUUGCGCACUGCGCCAAACCUGGAAGUACCAGAAUGGGUUACUUCCGGGUUUCGGGGCUCGCACAUGCGCAGAAACGCUGAAUCACGCUUUGCACAUGCGCAGAAGUGCCAAAUCGCAACCUGCGCGUGUGCAGACGUGGUGCUGCAGGUUGCGCACGUGCCUCCUGCACAGAUCACGAUCAGAUUAGAAAAUUCCAGAUACAGUGGUACCUCAGGUUAAGAACUUAAUUUGUUCCGGAGGUCCGUUCUUAACCUGAAACUGUUCUUAACCUGAAGCACCACUUUAGCUAAUGGGGCCUCCCGCUGCUGCGGCACAAUUUCUGUUCUCAUCCUGAAGCAAAGUUCUUAACCCGAGGUACUAUUUCUGGGUUAGUGGAGUCUCUGACCUGAAGCAUCUGUAACCUGAAGCAUCUGUAACCUGAAGCGUCUAUAACCUGAGGUACCACUGUAUACCUUCAAGUCCCCAGGUUGUCCUUCUCUGCCCGGGGGUGUCUGCAGCUGUUUGCAAGGGGGCAGCCGCUGCCUCUGGGCUAAUGAAGCCAAAAUGCUCCCCCAGCCCUUAGUUCAGGGCCUUUGGCUUCUGGGCUGUGAACUUUUGACUUGGAGAGGCCAUUGUAUAUUUGUCCAUUCCUUGAGUCCCACCCCCUUCCCCUCUGAGGCCUGGCCUGCCUGUGAGUCCCUCUCUGAAAGACAGAGCCAUUUCCUACUCUUUCCUGAUUAAUUCAGUCUGUUUUAAUUGCCUGUGGAGAAAGCUUGCAUAUUUCCGUGUUCUUGUUCCAGGCAUUGCUGCUGCUGCUGCUUCUUGGCCACCUGACUCCGUGGCUGGGGAGGGAGGGGGGCACCUGUUCUCCGCCUUUCCCUGCAAGGGUCAUUGUUAGAAGAAUUGCUUAAAUGGAUGCUCCCCCCCUCCUUUCCUUCUGCCAGAAAAAUCGACCCUGGCGAGCAUUUUCAAUAGGCGAUCCAUCCUUGCCCGAGUCCUCCAUGGCCAGCUUUGCAGCCCCCUCUUCCCUCUUCUCCUUGCCCAAGGCCUUUGGAUAAGCCCACCACCCUGUUUUUUCUUGGGCAGGUCUCCAGGUUUGGGGGGGUUAAGGCAGGCAGCCCUGUUUAGGGAAGUUUUUAAUGUCUGAUGUUUUAUUGUACAGUGGUACCUUGGGUUACAUACGCUUCAGGUUACAUACGCUUCAGGUUACAGACUCCGCUAACCCAGAAAUAUUACCUCGGGUUAAGAACUUUGCUUCAGGAUGAGAACAGAAAUUGUGCUCUGGUGGCGCGGCAGCAGCAGGAGGCCCCAUUAGCUAAAGUGGUGCUUCAGGUUAAAAACAGUUUCAGGUUAAGUACAGACCUCCAGAAUGAAUUAAGUACUUCAUCUGAGGUACCACUGUAUUCUUAAUAUUUUGUUGGAAGCCACCCAGAGUGGCUGGGGAAACCACUGGGGAAAUAAUAAAUUAUUAUUUCCUCCUGGGGUGUGCGUCAAAUGGACCUUGUUGUGUGCAUUCUCCAAAGCCAUGCCAAAAGAGAAAGGUGAUCCCAAGAGCCCCAUUUUUCUUGCGGCGUGCCUUUAAUCUGAGGGGGGCAACUAGCACUGGUGGCUUGGCUAGCAAAGGGUGCCUUUGCUGAGGGUUUUUAAGCAGAGUUCGGGCAGUUCUAUGAGUCAGCCCUAAGCUACGUGGUGGUUGCCAGCUUUUGAAUUGCUGCUGCCACCUUGUUGGUGCGCUGACAUGCGCUCUUGCGCUCCUUCGCGCAUGUCAGAGACCAGAAGCGACUGUGAUUGAAUUUUCCCCAAGCUGGCUGAGCUCCCAGCGACUGGCCGGCCAAAGGAGUUAGGCCUGGGCCUGUGAAGCAGGUGCCUUUUUGAGAUCAUCAAACCGUCUUGUUGUGGCACCUUGAGAAGACUGGCAGAUUUGUCGUGGGGGCACAACGCUUUGUCAUCUCAUGUCUCUUCUCCCCACCUCCACCCCAUGCACAUUUGGGUGCACAUAACUGUCGGGGGAAAUGCAAGCCCUGGCCCAAAAUCUGGAAUGCGAGAGGCGUGGCCUGUGGCAUUGCUAUGCAAAGCUAAGAAGGUCUCCACAACAACCGUUUCGUCCCGGCAUGACUCUUGCUGAAUGGUUUAUUAUUUGCAGGGUUUCUUACCCGCCCUUCUCUGGAAGGUCCCAGCGCGGGUGACGGCAUUGUGGCCGUGCAAUUAUAAGCAAAUGAAAGAAGCAGAACCGUUUGCAUGCAACUGUAAAAGCAGGUAAACUGCUUCUGGGCAGAAGCAGCACGUAAUCGACUAACCCUAAAAAAGGAAAAGCCUUCACUGUCCGUGGUCAGAGGGGUCUGGAGGCAUGUCUUCAGCAUGCAGCAGAAGCUGUCUAAGGCAGAUGGAUUUCAGGGAUGGGGGGAAAGCAGUGCUAGAAGCUUGGAUGUACGACACCAAAUGGUUACUGUCCACCAAACCGGGGUUGUUGUUGUUUAGUCGUUUAGUCGUGUCCAACUCUUCAUGACCCCAUGGAUCAGAGCACGCCAGGCACUCGUCUUCCACUGCCUCCCGCAGUUUGGUCAAACUCAUGCUGGUAGCUUCGAGAACACUGUCCCACCAUCUUGUCCUCCGUCGUCCCCUUCUCCUUGUGCCCUCCAUCUUUCCCAACAUCAGGGUCUUCUCCAGGGAGUCUUCUCUUCUCAUGAGGUGGCCAAAGUCUUGGAGCCUCAGCUUCAGGAUCUGUCCUUCCAGUGAGCACUCUGGGCUGAUUUCCUUCAGAAUGGAGAGGUUUGAUCUUCUUGUAGUCCACGGGACUCUCAAGAGUCUCCUCUAGCACCAGAAUUCAAAAGCAUCAAUUCUUUGGCAAUCAGCCUUUUUUAUGGUUCAGCUCUCACUUCCAUAUAUCACUACUGGGAAAACCAUAGCUUUAACUAUACAGGCCUUUGUUGGCAAGGUGAUGUCUCUGCUUUUUAAGAUGCUGUCUAGGUUUGUCAUCGCUUUUCUCCCAAGAAGUAGGCGUCUUUUAAUUUCGUGACUGCUGUCACCAUCUGCAGUGAUCAUGGAGCCCAAGAAAGUAAAGUCUCUCACUGCCUCCAUUUCUUCCCCUUCUAUUUGCCAGGAGGUGAUGGGCCCAGUGGCCAUGAUCUUCGUUUUUUUGAUGUUGAGCCUCAGGCCAUAUUUUGCGCUCUCCUCUUUCACCCUCAUUAAAAGGUUCUUUAAUUCCUCCUCACUUUCUGCCAUCAUUGUUGUGUCAUCUGCAUAUCUGAGGUUGUUGAUAAUUCUUCCGACAAUCUUAAUUCUGGCUAGGGAUUCAUCCAGCCCAGCCUUUCGCGUGAUGAAUUCUGCAUAUAAGUUAAAUAAGCAGGGAGACAAUAUACAGCCUUAUCGUACCAGGGUUACCUUCGCCAAAAUGGAGCACCUAGUUGCCAUUUUUGGGACAGACGGCUUGAAAGUUGUAUUUUUCAAUACGACUUUUGGUCCCUGAAAUUCAGAUAAAAUCCAACAGAUAGAAUUCCACAGGAUGUGGUCUGAGAAAACAGUCCAGGUCCAAGGAUUCCCAGGAUCCACCUCCAGAUGGUGGAGACGUCAGGCGACAACCUGGGAGCUGAGCAUCUUCACCUGGUCGCAGGUGGCCGAUGGCCAGGUGCAAGAUGAGGCAUGCAGGCCACAGAGCGAGGCCUGGGGCUGGGCUGCUUGCUCCCUCCCGGCAGAGGCAGGCUCAGGAAUCCUCCCGUUGCUGUAUUUUUUGGGGGGGGGGAGAGCAGAUGUGCUUUCCUGCCGAGUCCUGCCGUGCCUGAGGAUGCUUUGGGGUUGACAACUCCCGCGAUUCCCCCAAAUGAAAUCAGACACUGCAAUUUUCUUUGUGGGGCGGCCGCAAACGGAUCAGCAGCCGGGGAUGAUUCUGCAUGAAGGUUGUCGUCUUGAAUUAUCUCGGCUGCCCGCCUCCCUCUCUCCCUCCCGCCAGGGUCGCUUCGGUUAAAGCUGUUUCCCAGGGCCUCCUAGCAAGCCGUUUCCCUCGUCCCCAGAAGAGGGUCCUGCGAAGGCUUCGUAGGGCGAGCCCCGGCGUGGGUGUGGGUGUCUUGAGUGGCUGCUUGCACCGGAGGUUCCCCUGAUGGGCGUCUGUGGCACCACAUACAAUCUUAGAAUUGUUGGAAGGGACCUCAUGGGUCAUCUAGUCCAACCCCCUGCAAUGCAGGAAUAUGGGAUUGAACCUGCAACCUUGGUGUUAUUACCACUAGCCUCUAACUAUGAUGGAUUGAGUUUCCUUAAACACUGCUUUCCCGCCAUGAACUGCACCCAAAGUGUUGCGUGGGUGCUCGGGACUCAACAGCCGACAGACUCGACAGGAAGCGGAACAUGUCUUUAGUGCUUCUGCGCAUGCACAACCGCUGAAACCCGGAAGUAAACCGUUCCGGUACUUCCAGGUUUCGGUGGUCCGCAACCCAAAAAAAACGCAACCUGAAGCGUCUGUAACCCGAGGUAUGACUGUAGUCAAAAUGAACAUUCUACCAAAAAUGAUUUUCCUGUUCCAAACCAUUCCAAUAUUGGGAGGAAUGAAAUGCUUUAAAAGCUGGAGGAAAGACAUUGCUAGAUUUAUUUGGAAUGGAAGGAAACCAAGAAUCAAACAUCAAAUAAUUAUAGACCCGGGGGGGGGGGGGGCUUUACCCUACCAGAAUUAGAACUUUAUCAUGAAGGCAUUGCCCUGCAGAUGUCGCUGUGCUUCAGCUUCCAUCAUCCCUGAGCAUCUUGUCCUGCGGGCAGGGGCUGAUGAGACUUGUUGCCAGAGCACAUCUGCAGCGCACCAUGCUGGGAACCCCUGGCCUACAGGAUCCUGCUGUGUCUCUCAAGCAGGGAGGCUCUCCUUUCAACAGAGCGCCAAGACCUCGUGGCUCCCAGCUUUGCGCAGAGCAUUCGCACGCGGCUUGUGUUGGCCCCUGCAACACAGUCCAUCGCGCAGGCAGGCUUUUGAGUUUGUGGUCAGCCUCAGGUGGAAGACACCUCUUGCCACCUGUUCGUCUGCCCCUUAUAUGGAGACCCAAGAGAUCGCUUUCGGGAACCUUUGCCUGCAAAGGAAAGCAGGUUUACCCUGCUGAAACAGUUCACUUCCUUCUGAAGGAUGAUAAUAGCUUUGUGGUGCAUGCAUUGACCGCAAGAAAAGGUCCAGGAAAAAUGAGGUAGAUAAAAUCUCUGUAAGCUGUUUUUUGGUGCUCUGGAGGUCUAAUUUGUAAUUUAAACUCGCUGCUGCUUCUGGUAUCUUCUUUCUCUCAUGCCCGGAUGUCGGUUUGUCUCGUGGAUGUCUGUUCUGCAUUAUUUCGUCGAUACUAUUGCUACGAAGUUGUCAUGGCCUUGGGCUAGAACAAUAAAGCUAUUGAAUUGGACUGAAGUGGCUUGUGGGACCUGAACUUCCGGCAGCCCAGGGUUGUUCGCUCAGAGCACUGCGCCCUUGACAAAUAUGCAGCUUGGAAGCUGGUCAGGUUUUCUCCGGAGAGGCAGGCGGGGCCGUUGUGGAGUAGAGGCAGCCUCUUUGGAACUGCAAGUGCGCUUCCUGCUUAGGCAGUGAACUUCCCCUUCCUUGUGGAUAUUUGACCCUCUCUGGCCUUCAGAGAAGAGGAAAGGAAGAGGUAACAUUAUAAAAUGGUGCAGAAAGGGGAAAGGUUUUCUUCCUCUCUCAUAACGCCAGAACCCGUAGGCAUCCCACGAAGCUGAAUGUUGGGAGAGUCAGGACGGAUUAAAUAAAGAGUGUGUGUGUGCAGGCCAGACUCUGGAACUCCUUGCCACAGGAGGCAGCGAUGGCCACUAACUUGGAUAACUUGAAAAGAAGAUCAGACAAGUUCAUGGGGGAGAGGGCUGCUGAUGGCUGCCAGCCAUGAUAAGGCCACCAACAUAAAAGGUAAAGGUAAAGGGACCCCUGACCAUUAGGUCCAGUUGUGACCGACUCUAUUUAUUGGCCGAGGGAGGCGGCAUACAGCUUCCGGGUCAUGUGGCCAGCAUGACUAAGCCGCUUCUGGCGAACCAGAGCAGCGCACGUAAACGCCAUUUACCUUCCCGCCGGAGCGGUACCUAUUUAUCUACUUGCACUUUGACAUGCUUUUGAAUUGCUAGGUUGGCAGGAGCAGGGACCGAGCAACGGGAGCUCGCCCCGUCAUGGGGAUUCGAACCGCUGACCUUCUGAUCAGCAAGUCCUAGGCUCUGUGGAUUAACCUGCGUUCCGUCACCAACAUAGGUCGCUAUAAAACAGGACUAGACAAAUUUAUGGAAGACAAGGCUAUCAAUGUCUGCUAGCCAUGAUAAUAACUCUGCUGCCUACAGCUGCAAAGGCAGAACAAUGUUUCUGAUCACAGGCAACUGUUUGGCCCCUGGGAGAGCCGCUGGACUAGAUGUGGCCUCAUCCUGCAGGCUCUUCUUAUGAUGCCGCUUGCCUGGGCCAACGUGGCAGGAGAGCUUCCUCUGCCCUCAUAGAACCCAGCAAGCCCCAGCAGGCCGAGAGGGAAGCUGGUUGAAGGCCGCCUCUACAUGGCCUCGGGGCAUCCCUGUGCCAUGGAAGGAAACUCCCCACCUGCGAGGGUGACGUCACCCUAGCUGCCUCUGCUUUGCCCUGGGUGCCCGAGCCAAGGGAGACACGGUGAGGCUGCCAAGGUGCCCUGUUCCCAGAGCCGGAAAAAGGGGCUUUUGUGGGGGGGAGCAUCCUUGCCAGCCCUGCCCUCUAAGAGGAGGCUGCUGCCAUCACCGGAGACACCACCUGGGUGGGGGCAUUUGAGGGGGGCUGGGGGAAUAGAAUUAAGAGGAGCACACACACACACCCCAGCACAGGGCUGGGGGUUUGGCUCUGUGAGGCCUCCUGCCAUCCCCCCCCCCUGCAGGUUGGUGGCAGGGUGUGAAAGUACAGAUCUGUGUCUCCUGGGUGAGAAAACGCGCCAUCCUCUGGGUAGGAGCCUCUUUCACCACCUGCUGGGAUGAGGAACGUGGGCCGUACACCCCCAGCCUGACAUUUCUAAAGAGCAGCUUGUGUCUGUACGGGAAAGGGAGGCAGGGGUGCAGAAGGGGCGCAGUUGAGGAUUUGCUUUGCGGGAAAGGUGUCCCCGGAGGGUUGCAGGCAGGACACGGGCAAAGGAUGUAGCUCCACACACCCCUUUAAGAACCUAAGAAGAUCUCAGCUCAUCAGCCCAAUGGUCCAUCCAGCACAGGCUCCUGUUCUCACAGGGACUGUGGGGAAACACGCAAGGAGUAUCCGAGUGCGAGAGCUCUCUCGCCUUCUGCAGUUUCCAGCAGCAGGGAUUCAGAAGCAUGUGAGGCAGAGCCUAGCCCUCGUGGCUAGUAUUCACAGGACCGCCUAGCCUGGUCUGCCCCGCAGAGGACCUUAAGGUCCAUGAAUAACAUAGUUUAGAGGUCCCAGACCCUAAGGAAGUUAGAUUAUCCUCCACCAGGGACAGGGCCUUCUCAGUGAUGGCUCCGAUCUGGUGGAAUGCUCUGUCCCAUGAGACCAGCGCCCUGCAGGAUUUAACUUCCUUCCACAGGGCUAUUCCACCUGGCUUUCCAUUUGAACUUAGCCAGAUCUUUUAUUCCCCUUCCUUCCCUCCCUCUCCCCUUUUUAUGAAGAUUACCCGCUCUGGGAUCCCACAGCUAAUUUUCCCCUAAUCUCCUCACCAGCCCAAAUAGGACUAAUGAAUUUAUUAGUAGUAGUAGUAGUAGUAGUAGUAGUAGUAGUAGUAGCAGCCCUCUCCUCCCCCAUGAAUUUGCCUAGUCCUUUUUCAAAGCCGCCCGGGUUCCUGCAUCAGGGAGUUCCACAGUUUAACCAAGCACUGCGUGAAUGUGUCCUUUUAUCUUCUUGCUUAUGGGGAAGGGGCGGCGUUUGGUGACAGCAUCUCUUUUUUUUUUUUUAAUGAUAUUUAUUAAAAUUUCAAAAGGAAGAAAUUACAUUAAAAAGAGAAUUAACAGUAAAAAGAAAAGAUACAAAAUACAAAAAAGAAAAAACAAUUAAAAACAAUUCCAUCUUUUCAUCACUUCUUUUACAUUUACUUGUUUCCCAGACCUCCUCAUACCUCCCUCUUUUGUAUUCCAAUUCAAUUUAUUAAUCCAGCGAUUCCUUUCCCUCCUUUUUAAUCCUGAUCUUUAAUCCUGAUAUAUUAUAACAUUAAAUUUUUAGAUAUUAAAAACCAAUUUUUCCAUAUUCUUUUAUACCAUUACAGCCAGAAACCACUUAACUUCAAUCCAACAUCAUUCUAACAUUCAUUAAUUUUGCAAUAUUUCUGUAAAUAGUCUUUAAAUUUCUUCCAAUCUUCUUCCACCGACUCUUCUCCCUGGUCUCGGAUUCUGCCAGUCAUUUCCGCCAAUUCCAUUGGUGACAGCAUCUCUAGGUGCGGGGAAGAUUCCCUGCGUGAGACCCAGGAGGACUAUUGAUGUCAGCCAGUGUAGGCUGCCCUGAGCUUAGAGGACCAAAAGCCUGACUCUGCGUGAAGUGCCAAUUUACAGCUUUCCUGUGCAGGCUGGGCUUGUGGUUUCAGUCCAAGGCUUUGCAGGGGACUCCAGCCCCUGAUGCUCCCAGCCCCACAGACUCUCCCAGGCACAUUCACAGAGGAGAGGGCUUUUUAUGUUGUGAACUGCCCCUAGAUCCACGGGGAUAGGCCCCACAACACCUACUCACUAUGGGCCCUACUAAAGCAAACAGUCUAACUGGUCAAUGUCUAAAAGAUAUUGAGCAUCAGAACAACCUGGCCACUAUAAGGAAAUUCUGCCCUUGGUAUGUUCAUUUUCCACCUCUCCGUUUUGAUUCUCUGGCCCCGUAUCUGCACAAACUUAUUAUCCCAAAAUACAGGCGUGCUUUCACACUUGCAAAACUGGAUAUUUUGCCAUAUUGCGGUACUUGAGGGUCGAUUCCAAAAGAUUCUGCCUGAGAAACGUCUUUGCCCCUGUGGAGAUGGCAGCGCCGAAACAGCGGCACACGUCCUCCUGUCCUGUACUCUCUACAAAGACCUGAGGAACGAGAUCAUCACCCCACUCGUACUAACCAUCCCAGGGCGCUCAACCACUGCCACAAGGUCCUUUCUUCUAUCAGAUCAAAAUAAGCAGAUAACAGCAAAGGUUGCUAGGUUCAUAGCAGGGGCAAUCAGAAUAAGGGCCACGAACUGAUGGCUGAUUCAGGACUUUAAAUUGUGCUCUUGUAUCAAACUUCCUUUUCUGCGUAUACUGUAGUAUUUUAUUGUUGCUAUGGCCAUUGGCUAAUAUGAAUAAAGUUUUAUCUAUCUAUCCACGGGGAUAGUGGGGCAUCUGGUUGGCUGCUGUGAGAACAGGGCGCUGGACUCAAUGGGCCCCCUUGGGCCUGAUCCAGCAGAUCCUUGUCUUACGUUCUUAGGAGAGUGUGUGAAAUGGUUGGGACAUAUUUCAGGUGCCCCAAUAAGGUUUCUGAGAUGGCGUGAUGCUGCUGGACUCAUCCGGCAUCCGUGGACAAUGGCAUCUACUGACUCAACUGCAAAGAGCAGGAAAGAGCUCAAACGUCCUUUGGAGCUGCGGCCGCCCACACACUGUCCGGACUUCUCCUGAGUCUGUGUUGCCGGGAACAGCGGAGGGGUGGGGUGGAGUGCGAGUCCCUCGUGGUCGUGGAGUUUGAGCUUGCCAGUGUGUGACUCCAACUAAACAUGAGGAGGAACUUUCUGAGGAUAGGAGCUGUUUGACGGAAGGGCGGACAUCCUUGUGUUUCCGAGCACAAUUCAAAGUGUUGGUGCUGAACUUUAAAGCCCUAAACGGCCUCGGCCCAGUAUACCUGAAGGAGAGUCUCCACCCCCAUCAUUCUGCCCGGAAACUGAGAUCCAGCGCCGAGGGCCUUCUGGCAGUUCCCUCCCUGCGAGAAGCCAAGUUACAGGGAACUAGGCAGAGGGCCUUCUCGGUGGUGGCACCUGUCCUGUGGAAUGCCCUCCCACCAGAUGUCAAAGAGAAAAACAACUACCAGACUUUUAGAAGACAUCUGAAGGCAGCCCUGUUUAGGGAAGCUUUUAAUGUUUGAUGCAUUAUGGUAUUUUAAUAUUUUGUUGGAAGCCGCCCAGAGUGGCUGGGGAAGCCCAGCCAGAUGGGCGGGGUAUAAAUAAAUUAUUAUUAUUAUUAUUAUUAUUAUUGGAAGGUGGUGGACUCUCCUUCACCAGAGGCUUUUACACAGAGGUUGGAUGGCUGCCUGUCAGGGAUUCUUGACUUGUGUUUCCUGCAAUGUAUGGGGUUUGGCUAGAUGGCCCUUAGGGAUCCCUACCAACCCCACAAUUCUAUCUUUCUGUGAAUCUGAAGCUGCUUGUGACAUGAGCAGGGGCUCCCUCGCUAACCUCUCUUUCUUUUCUUCCCUCCUCUCCUGCAGGGAUGGCCCAGAGUGAAACGUUCCCACAAUUAAUGUCACCGGAUUAGCCUGGGGUUUGUCGGAAGAAGCUCUGACGGCCCUCCUCCCCAGCUGCCUCCUCCUGCAAAUGCCGGGGCGCCUUGAGGAUUGCUCGCCAGUGCGAUGGCCGCAGGGGCCGGUCCCCCAGCAGGGAGCCCCAAGGGGGGCUCUCGCGGGCUGGUGUCCCGUGGCACCGUGCCCCCCAGUCACGGCUGACGUCUGUGUUCCCCGAUGGGGAUGAGUGGCCCCUUCGAACAGGGAGUCGCAGUCCUCGCUUCCCUUGGACUAUGACAUCGUACCGGCCUGUUCACGAGAGCGGCGACGUGGGGGGCCCCGGAUUGAAAGGCGGCGACUAUUACUCCCCAGGGUUCUGGGCCCAGAAUGGCUGUGCCGCGCAAGCAGAGGCGCCCGUUGCCUCGCGGCCAGCAACGGCCACCCCGGCCAUGCCCAAAAUGGGCGUGCGGGCCAGGAUCGCCGACUGGCCCCCAAAGAGAGAAGGGCUGAAAGAUCCCGCCACUGCCGCCAGCAGCACUUCGAGAGACCUGGAGACGCCAACCACGGGCUCCCGCGGCUUCCAGAAUGGGGCCGCCUUCGCCGGGACGUCCCGGGGCUUCCAGCGCCUGGCCCGACGGCGCUCUAAGGACGCAGAGUUCCCUGACGGCUGGCCGCGGUCCCCGGCCCGGGGCUUCCUGCCCCUGCGGAACCGGAGCAGCAGCGAGGUCACGCUCAGUGAGUGCGACCCGCAAGAGGCGUUUGAGCCCCGGGGGGCUGGCACCAAGCUGCCCAUUUUCCGGGAGUACGGGAGCACCUCCUCCAUCGACGUUCAAGGCGUCUCGGAGCAAAGCUUCUACGAAAUGUUGGAUGAGUUCCGCAGUGGGAAGGCGGUGCAGCAGAAGGAGCAGGCGGGGUCUUUCCGUGCGGCGCGGGGCAGCAGCAAAGCCGAGGCGCGGAGCGAGCAACAGGCGCUCUCCUUCCUGGGCGCGGACGAGUUCCCCCUGCAGCCCAAGGAGAAGUCCCGCAAGAAGGGACCCCGGGGCGAUGCGGGCGGCGGGGACUCCAUCUUCCGGAAGCUGCGGAGCGGCCGGGGUGACCCCGAAGGCGGCAAGGGUGGCCCUCCAGACCUUGAGGACGCAGGCGGGCGGCCCUGGCUGUGCCAGAAGAGAUUCGCGCACUACGAUGUCCAGAGCAUGCUCUUUGACCUCAACGAGGUGGUGGCGCGGCGGGCCUACGUGGCGCAAAGGAGGAACACCGCCACGGGGGCCUCGGCCGCUUCGGCCGUCUCCUCCGCCUCGCGGGCCUGCGGCCCCCCGGAGCCUGCGGCGGCCCCCUUCCUCGGCUCCGAGGACCCGAACUUCAAAGAGCACCUGGGGCACGACCCCGGGGACAGCCACAGCAACGGGCUCCUGCUCAGCUGCCCGCACUUCCGCAACGAGGUGGGCGGGGAGCGCGAGCGCGACGUCAGCUUCUCGCGGGCCUCGCCCGCCUCUCUCGGCUCUCCUGGCGGGGAGGCCACAGGGGGCUGCCUGGCAGAGGCGUCCCCCGCCCCGUGCUGCACCAACGCCAGCGUCUCCGUCCUGGAGGUGCCCAAGGAGAUGCAGCGCAACGUGGCGCGGCUGAAGCACUACAGCAUUGAGCACGUCGACCUGGGCGCCCGCUACUACCAGGAGCACUUCUGCGGCAAAGGUGGGCGCCGCUCUGGGGUUGCCCUGGCAGGGUGGGCCAGGAGGGAGGGUCUUGCGCUGACCCUGUGGCAACCGGACAUUGCUCAGGAAUUUGCUUAGCUUCUUUAUUUGAUGAUGAUGAUGAUGAUGAUGAGCUUCUUUAUUUGAUGAUAAUAACUCCUGGCAAAAGGCAAUCAAUUGCUCGGUAGGUGGAGCCCAGAAUUGUAGGGCUGGAAGGGGCAGCCAGGGGCCAUCUAGUCCAACCCCCUGCAAUGCAGGAAUCUCAGCGAAAGAAUCCCUGACGGAUGGCCAGCCAACCUCUGCUUGGAAAACCUCCAGUGAAGGGGAGCCCACCACCUUCCGAGGGAGUCCGUCCCACUCUCAAACAGCUCUUGCCACAAGGAAGUUCUUCCUUGGGCUUAGUUGGAAUAAUGAUGGUGAUGAUAAUAAUAAUAAUAAUAAUAAUAAUAAUAAUAAUAAUAAUAAUAAUUAUUUUAUUAUUUAUACCCUGCCCAUCCUGCUGGGUUUCCCCAGCCACUCUGAGUGGCUUCCAGCACAUUAAAAAUUGUAAAACAUUAAAGAUUUCCCUAUACAGGGUGGCCGCCAUAAUAAUAAUAAUAAUAAUAAUAAUAAUAAUAACAACUUUUAUUUAUACACCGCCCUCCCCAGCUAAGGCCGGGCUCAGGGCAGCUAUCAAGCAAUAAUAAAAACAAGUUGAAUGGAUACAACUUAAAAACAAGAUUAAAAUACAACAUUAAAACAUUGAAACAGUAAAAUUAAAAUGCAGCCUCAUCACAGGAGGAGAAAGGAAGAAAGAAAAAUGUCUUCUAAAAGUGGAUUUAUGAUGUAUUUAUGCGCAAUGUUGGAAAGGCAGAUAUAGAAGCCAGGUACAACGGGAUGUCUCUUCUCCAGGGGGUUGGAAUAGAUGACUCUUGGGGUUAAUAAUAAUAAUAAUAAUAAUUGUUUAUUGAUAUGCUGCCCAUCUGGGUGGGUUAUCCCAGCCUCUCUGAGCAGCUUCCAACAGAUUAAAAACUAUAAGCACAGUCAAACAUGGAAAAACUUCCCUAUACAGGGUUGCCUUUGGAUGUCUUCUAAAAGUCAGAUAGUUGUUUAUUUCCUCGACAGCUCUAGAGUUCUGUAACCUUGGAAGGCAAGGGACUCUCCUUCCUUGGAGGUUUUUAAGCAAAAUUUGGAUGGCUCUCUUUAAGAAUCCCUGACAGCAGUGUUAGAAAUUCAGAUAUAUAAGCUAGGUGGCAACCGGCACCUUAAAUCUAGGUUACGAUUGCCACAACGCAAGGCCAGGGGGUUGGACUAGAUGACCCCCAGGGUGCCUUCCAAAGCUACAGUUAUAAUAAUAAUAAUAAUAAUAAUAAUAAUAAUAAUAAUAAUUUAUUAUUUGUACCCCGCCCAUCUGGCUGGGUUUCCCCAGCCACUCUGGGCGGCUUCCAACAAAGAUGAAAAAUACACUAAAAUGUCACAUAUUAAAAACUUCCCUGAACAGGGCCGCCUUCAGAUGUCUUCUGAAUGUCAGGUAGUUGUUUAUCGCUUUGACAUCUGAUGGGAGGGCGUUCCACAGGGCGGGCGCCACUACCGAGAAGGCCCUCUGCCUGGUUCCCUGUAACUUGGCCUCUCGCAGGGAGGGAACCGCCAGAAGGCCCUCGGAGCUGGACCUCAGUGUCCGGGCAGAACGAUGGGGGUGGAGACGCUCCUUCAGAUAUACUGGACCGAGGCCAUUUAGGGCUUUAAAGGUCAGCACCAACACUUUGAAGUGUGCUCGGAAAUGUACUGGGAGCCAAUGUAGGUCUUUCAAGACCGGUGUUAUAUGGUCUCGGCGGCUGCUCCCAGUCACCAGUCUAGCUGCCGCAUUCUGGAUUAUUUGCAGUUUCCGGGUCACCUUCAAAGGUAGCCCCACGUAGAGCGCAUUGCAGUAGUCCAAGCGGGAGAUAACCAGCGCAUGCACCACUCUGGCGAGACAGUCUGUGGGCAGGUAGGGUCUCAUCCUACGUACCAGUUGGAGCUGGUAGAUAGCUGCCCUGGACACAGAAUUGACCUGCACCUCCCUGGACAGCUGUGAGUCCAAAAUGACUCCCAGGCUGCGCACCUGGUCCUUCAGGGGCACAGUUACCCCAUUCAGGACCAGGGAAUCCUCCACACCUGCCCGCCUCCUGUCCCCCAAAAACAGUACUUCUGUCUUGUCAGGAUUCAACCUCAAUCUGUUAGCCGCCAUCCAUCCUCCAACCGCCUCCAGACACUCACACAGGACCUUCACCGCCUUCACUGGUUCUGAUUUAAAAGAGAGGUAGAUCUCAACGACAUUGCUGGACUGUAGCUUGCUCUCGCAACAAUUCACUUGGCCCAGUAUGCAAGAAGGAGAAACACACGCAGUGAAAAUGGAAUUAACUUUGGACUAUGGCAGACGUUUUUAAACUAUGAUCUGAUCUGAUAUUCUUAGCUAAAGAGUAUUGCAUGAAAAAUAUUGUUAGGCAUUCCUACAAAAAGCAUAAGGGUGGAGGAAAAAUUCAUAGUGUGAAAUCUUGAUUUAUAGCUACUUGCCAAACAUAAACAUAAACCUUCACCUGCCACAGAUGUACAAUAACUAAUUAAUACGUUAAUCAACCGCUAUUACCAGUGACUGGCUCUCUUGUGAGAACUCGGCAUCGUAAGCACAAAGGAAAUAGGUUUGAAAGCAACGAGAGCAGGAGAACUUCAAAUAUGAAGCGAGGCAGGUGUUUCGUCCUAGAAAUGCAGAGUUGGAGGGGACCCCAGAGGUCUUCUAGUCCAGCCCGCUGCAAGGCAGGAACAAGUGAUCCACGCACAUGGAGGGUUCAGCCUCCUGUGCUCCCCCUCGAUCACCUCCUUGCCUCUUAGCACCCCACUAGGUAAUCCCAAAGCACCCCAGGGGGUGGUACUCCCCACUUUGGGCCCUGCUGGGCUCAGCCAAAGUUUGCCUCCCAUGUUUCCAGAAUGCUGUGUGUGUGUUGAGACAGGGAGCUUCUGCUGCUGUUCUGGAUGAAUCCCCAAAGUGCCCCCCUCCCUCUCUUUCUCUCUGCAGAGCAUGCCAACUACUUUGGGGUGGACGAGAAGCUAGGCCCGGUGGCCGUCAGCAUCCGGCGAGAGAAGCUGGAGGACCACCGAGAGCACGGGCCUCAGUACCAGUACAGGAUCAUCUUCCGAACCAGUGAGGUAGGUUGCUGCUAUGGCGGCUGCUUUGUUCCUCUACAGAUCGCCUUCCGCGUGCGUCUCAAGGCAGUUCACAGAAGAGCAGCUUAAAGAUAGUUUAGAAAACAAAAACAUCUAACGAUAAGGGCUUUUAAAAAACUGGCAUUGUUAUGAAACCUGUGGCCAAGGCCUUUUCACCCAACUGGAAAAGCUUGUUGAGACAAUUAUACAGUGGUACCUUGGUUUGCAUAUGUCUUGGUUUGCAUAUGUCUUGGUUUACAUACGUUUUGGAAUACAGACAAGUCAAACCCGGAAGUGCGUGUCACAGUUUGCAACCUUUCUUUGGAUCACAACCCAUUUUGGGGGGGAAUUACGAACAUUUUUUUUGGGGGGGGGGGAGGCCCCAUUGGCGAAAGCGCGCCUUGGGUUACAACCUGUUUUGGUUUACAAACGGACCUCUGGAUCGUUCUGCCCGGACACUGGAGGUACAGCGCCGAGGGCGGGUGCCACUACCAAAAAGGCCCUCUGCCUGGUUCCCUUUGCUUCUCUCAGGGAGGGAACUGCCAGAAGGCCCUCGGAGCUGGACCUCAGUGUCCGGGCAGAACGAUGGGGGUGGAGACGCUCCUUCAGGUAUACUGGGCCGAGGCCGUUUAGGGCUUUCAAGGUCAGCACCAACACUUUGAAUUGUGCUCAGAAACGUACUGGGAGCCAAUGUAGGUCUUUCAGGACUGGUGUUAUGUGGUCUCAGCGGCUGCUCCCAGUCACCAGUCAAGCUGCCGCAUUCUGGAUUAUUUGCAGUUUCCGGGUCACCUUCAAAGGUAGCCCCACGUAGAGCGCAUUGCAGUAGUCCAAGCGGGAGAUAACAAGAGCAUGCACCACUUUGGCGAGACAGUGCACGGGCAGGUAGGGUCUCAUCCUGCGUACCAGGUGGAGCUGGUAGACAGCUGCCCUGGACACAGAAUUGACCUGUGCCUCCAUGGACAACUGUGAGUCCAGAAUGACUCCCAGGCUGCGCAGCUGGUCCUUCAGGGGCACAGUUACCCCAUUCAGGACCAGGGAGUCCUCCACACCAGCCCGCCCCCUGUCCCCCAAGAACAGUAAUUCUGUCUUGUCAGGAUUCAACCUCAAUCCAUUAGCCGCCAUCCAUCCGCCAACCACCUGGAGGUUUCUAAGCAGAAGUUGGUCCUCUGUCAGAGAUUCUUUAGCUGUGACUCCUGCGUUCCAGGGGGUUGGACUGGAUGACCUUUGGGCGCCCCUUACACCUCGACAGUUCUGCGGUUCUUGUGUUCCUGCCUGGCAUUGACUUCCCCAGAGCUUCUGCUAGAGGGUCUGCUGCUGAUUCUUGUUGGAGGUGUUGUGUUCUCAGUUUCCCUAGCACCCUCCUCUUAAUUUUCUUAAUUGUCUUGAUUUUCCCUCUAGCCGGCCGCUGUGAGAGGAGGAUGCUGGGCUUGAAGGCUCUCUGGUCUGAUCCAUCAGCCGGUCUCUUCUUGGGUCCACUUCCUUCCCAGGCUUUUUAGCUCCUUCCCUGCUGGCCUUUGUCCUGUCCCACCGAGUUCCCAGGGUUCAUGCAGUGCAUCCGCUUCCUCCAUAAAUGUCUGCAGAGCGAGAGUCUAACCUAAGUCCCUUGGAGGCUGACAGUGGGGGUUCGGGGGAGGAAUACUGAGCUGGGGGGGGUGGUGGAAGAAGCCACAGAUCCACCAAGGGAGGGGAAAUGUAUGGCUCCCUGUCCCACAGAAGUUGUGUGCCGAAGUGGGUGGACAGUUUGCCCCUCGGUUACUGGGAACAGACCCCUCACUGCUGGGCCGCAGAGCACCUUGCUGCUUUCUCCCCGCCUCCCAAAUCUCUGCCCCCCCCCAACAUCUCUCCGCCUGGUCCUCGGAAGCCCAAGGCUGGUUUUGCACUUUGGCUUGAGCCCUGCGUGUGUUUGUGUCGGAUAACAGCACCUCCUGCUCAAAAGCAGUGCUUUUUUAAAAAAAAUAUUUUUUAUUAAGAAUCUAAACAAAACAUAUUGUCUUAAUACAUAUGAUCCUUGAUUCCCGCCCCCAUAAAAUAACCCACCCUCCCCUUCCUCCCUUGACUUCCCUCAGCUCCAAUCUUUGGUUUCUCUACAGAUGCUGUUCUCCGCAUUUUACAAAAUUAUAUAAAUCUGACUGGUUAUUGUCAAUAUUGUUUAUUCAAAACCUGCCAAGGAGUCCAGUUCACUUUGUUGUUUCUUUAAGUCCUUUGUGAAAGGUUCCCAUUCAUCUUUGAAGUCACGGUUAUCCUUGUCCCAUAGUUUAUAAGUCAAUUUUGCCAAUUCUGCAUAGUCCAUCAGCUUCUCUUGCCAUAGUUCUUUAGUCAGGGUUUCCUCAUUUUUCCAUCCUUCUUUUAUUAAGACUCUCACCGCCGUUGUCGCAUACAUGAAGAUAUUUUUCAGUUUCCUUGGCAGGUCUUUUCCUACAAUCCCUAACAAAAAUGCUUCAGGUUUCUUAACAAAUGUUAAAUGGAACAUUUUCUUCAAUUCAUUGUAUAUCAUUUCCCAAAACUUUUUAAUUUCAUUACAAUCCCACCACAUAUGAUAAAAUGUCCCCUCCUUUUCCUUACACUUCCAACACAUAUUUGAACUGGUUUCAUAUAUUUUUCCAAACUGCACUGGAGUCAUAUACCAUCUAUACAUCAUCUUCAUAUAAUUUUCUUUCAACAGAGAACAAUCUGUAAAUUUUAAGUCAAUUUUUCAUAACCUUUCCAAAUCUUCCAACAUAAUGUUAUGACCUAUCUCUUGUGCCCAUUUAAUCAUGACUGAUUUUACCUCUUCAUCUUUCGUCUCCCAUUCUAGCAGUAUGCUAUAUGCAGCCUUCAGUAGUUUCACUUUCCCUUCAAUCACUUACAUUUGAAACCUGGAUCUUGUGUAACUGAAUCCUUUCUUACUGUCUUCUGCUCAAAAGCAGUGCUUUGCUGGACUCGGGGAAAGUUUUGGGUGGUGCCUGCAAGUUCUCAGGUGCUCCUGGUCUAAUCCAGGGCACACACCGCCCAAUGAGCCUCUGCCAUGCCAGCUGCUGUGGCCAGAACAGGAAGGGCUGUCUCUCUUAGGAUGCUUCCAUUGGGAAGUGGCAGAAACUCUGCCCCUCUGGCUCCUCUGCGGUCUCUUUUGGCGACUGAGCAGCAUCGGGGAGCUCGUCUGCCAGGCUGCCUUCUCUGCAAAGUGGGCGCUGCUGCCUCAUGAGCUGCGGGACCCGGAGAAGCUGCCCUUUUGCAUCUUGCUUGUUUGCAUUGUGUUACUGGAGAAAUCUGAGGGCUCCCUUGGAGAAAAAACAAGGACCCCAGCCAGGAAUAACAGAGCAAAACAGCAGCCAGUAGGCUUGGUCUUUAUUGAAGACUGUCGCGACAGGACUCCCACCGGCCACCAGGUGGAACAAGGUGGAAGCCCCAAACAAAAGAACCCCCAAACUUUUAUUAGCUGCUAAUCCCCAUGUUACACGCCCCCCCAAACUACAUCACUAAUACAUCACGGUUACAUCAUGAAAGGGGAGGUCUGGUGGCCGGAAUCUGAGCAUCCUGGACCCUGCCCCAUGGUUCUCCUUGCCCUCCACCAAACACCCAUCAAGUGUAGCGAAAGAGAUAUUUACAUUUCCCUGCUUCCCAGCCAAGUCAAUCACACCCUUUUGUCUUCAUCUGGGUUUGCUAUUUCUGGAAUGGCUACCUGUCUGGCACUCAGGUAUCAGGAUGCCAGGGAUUAUCACUCAGGCAGAGGGGCUGCUGAGUAGCUGAGCUCACAUGUCUAUAUGAAUUUCUGAAGUUUUCCAGUGAGCCAGUACACAGGUACAUUUAUCAGUGAAUUCUUACAUUUGGUACCGUGCAGCUGAGGCCCUUUGAAUAGAUAGGAGGAAACUGUGAUGAAGUGUUUUGUGGGGACAAAUCACAAAAGUGAUUGUGCUGAUCUUGGUAGUGGGCUGCAUGUGCAUGAUAUCUGCUGGAGGGGCAACCACCCCCCAACCUAUACAUAAAUUCCUGCAACAAUUGGGAAUGGAUCCUUUUCUGGUGGGCAGGCCAGAUCCUUAUCUCCUCUCUGCUCACAAGCUGAUUACAGAGGGUUCAGUUUUUUGGCUUGCAAAGGUCAGUCCCACCAGCACGAUCCCAGCACCCUGGAGCCUGGAGCCCUUCUCAUCGGCUGACUUCACCUCCAUGAUGUCAGCAGAUAGGCGGAUCGUAGAACCUCAGAUUUGGAGAGUUGGAAGGGGACCCACAGAGCCAUCUAGUCCACCCCCUGCACUGCAGGCAUCACAGCCAAAGCAUCCCUGACAGAGAGCCAUCCGACCUCUGCUUAAAAACCUCCGGCGAGGGCAAGUCCCGCAUCUUCUAAGGGAGAACUGAUAUAAGGCAACUUCCUGUGGAAAGCAGUUGCCCCUUCCCACCCCCACAUGCUGCUGUGCUCUGAAAAGAGGGGUCACAAGCAUGGCCUGGGGUCCUAAGCAGCCAUUGCUCUCGCCUCCUGUCUCUGAGCUCUGAGGAGCUCCCCAGAGCCCAGCAGAGGGCAUUGCAAACUCAGUGCAGAGCAUGCAUUUGCUGCUUCAGCCAGAGGAGGAGCACACCAUCAGCGCGCCUUGAGAAUAAAAGGGCAGGUGGGAGAGAGAGCAGGCCUUGACUGCUCUGAGGCUGGGGUCUCCAUGGGGCUCGUAGGCUGGCCCUCCGCCUUCCCAGGGGUCCUUUGCUCUGGAUUGUUUUGCAACCUCAGAGCAAAAGCGUGGAUUCCAAGAUGCUCUUCCGAAUCCGUUCUGCAGCUCUCCAGACCGUUUAUCUGCGAGGGCUUCCAACCCUCCGUUUGAAUUGACUGCCCUUUUCAAGAUACAUAUUUCCAUUAUCUAGGGAAAGUGAACAGUCUUCCCUACAAGAAGCCACCUUGCUAUUUGAAAACCGGAGCCCAAACAUCCCCUCUUCCAGCUAUCCUGUUUCUCAAUCUCUUUUCGCAAAGCUUUGAAAUUUGCAAAGUGAAUUGGAGACAAACCUUUAAAUGUUCAGAAUUGGGCCCUGAGGUGUGUCUUGAGGUUGCCUCUCUCUUCCAACACUCUGAUAGAUAGAUAGAUAGAUAGAUAGAUAGAUAGAUAGAUAGAUAUAGAUAUAGAUUAGAUAUAUAGAUAUAUAUAGAUUUUUACAAAUAAUUUCCAAAAAUCGUAUCACAUACUUUCUUAUCUUAUACAAUAUUUUGGACUUCCAUCAACCACAUCUGAAGAUUUUUCAAUCUUUAUCACUUAAAUUACAUUUCUUAAUUUCUCUAUUACUUUCAGUUAUCCUUAACUCUCUAAUAACUCUCUUCAUAAUCUUCUCCGCAAUACUUCGCAUAGUCCUCCUUACAAAACUUAUUGAAGUCCUGCUAGCGUAAUCUGUUUAGUACAAUUGCUUUCCAAAUAGUUCAGAUAUUUACUCCAGUCCUCUGAGAACCUCUGGUCCCGCAGGUUUCGGAUCCUUCCUGUCAUCUUGUCUAGUUCUGCAGGGUCCAUUAAUUUUGUCUGCCAUUCUUCUUUGGUCGGUAGUUCUUGUUUCCAUUUCUGUGCCAGUAAUAUUCUUUGCGUAUAAAAACAGUUUAUUAUUCCUCUCUUCCAACACUCUGAGACCAAAAUGAAGGAAAGCACCGUCUCCAGGGGACCCUGUUCCCGAGCCAUGUGGGCAGCCUCUCUUCCUGGGUGCCCGGCAGGCAGCCUGCCCUGUUGGGCUGGUUUCAGCCUCUGCCUUUCCGCUCCACUGGGGGCGGGAGCCACCACAAAGCGAUCCCUGUCGGUUAGCUCCACCCACAUGACAGGUCCGGACAGGAAAUGCCAGGAAGGCUCCUCUGACCAGACUCUCUCUCCUUGCAGCUGACCACCCUCCGCGGCUCCAUCCUGGAGGAUGCCACGCCCACCUCCACCAAGCAUGGCACUGUCCGCGGGCUCCCCCUCAAGGACGUGCUGGAGAACGUGGUCCCCGAGCUGAACAUCCACUGCCUCCGCCUGGCCCUGAGCGUCCCUAAGGUCACGGAGCAGCUGCGGAAGCUGGACGAGCAAGGGGUGAGCGAGCCGGGGGGAGGUGGGAUGGCCAGGGGGUGGACAUUGGCCCCUCUUCCAUCCUUGCUCCCUGGUCGGUGGGGUGAGGGGCAAGAGACGGGGUGGAGAGCACCACGCAUUUGCCAAAUAAUGCUAGAACUUGGCGGUAUCAGACAGAAGAAAAGACAUGUCAGCGAUUUGUGGGAUUAAAUAAUAAUAAUGAUGAUGAUAAAUUUUAUUUAUACCCCGCCCUCCCCAGCCAAGACCGGCUCAGGGCGGCUAACAACCAAUAAUAAAAACAAGUUGAUUAAAAUACAAUUUAAAAAACAAGAUUAAAAUACAACAUUAAAACAUUAAGAUGCAGCCUCUUCACAGGAGGAGAAAGGAAAAAAGAAAGAGGGGGAGGGAAUCAAGUUGAUUCCAAGCGAAAGGCCAAAUGUCAAGUUUUCACCAAGGCCAACUAUCCAUACUGGUCCUAGGUGGGCCAGAAAAAAGCCAGGGAAGUCCCCAAAUAGGAGUUCCAUCACAGAAGGAGAAAGGAAAGGGGGGGGGGAUCAAGUUGAUUCCAAGCCGAAGGCCAGGUGGAACAACUCUGUCUUACAGGCCUUGCGGAAAGAAAUCAGAUCCCGCAGAGCCCUGGUCUCAUGAGACAGAGCGUUCCACCAGGCUGGAGCCAUCACUGAAAAGGCCCUGGCUCUGGUUGAGGCUAAUCUGACUUCCUUAGGGCCCGGGACCUCUAGGGUGUUGCUAUUUAUGGAACUUAAGGAGAGCGGGGCAUACCGGGAGAGGUAUGCAAAAUGGGGUGGGCAUUGAGGGCUCUGAAAGGGGAUGAGGCAGAUUCCAGGAGCAGGAGAGAUCCACUGGAUUCGGGGACAGCCAUCCUACUGCCUGCCGCUCCGCUUGCCUCGCCUCCAAAAGGAUGUACAGUCAUACCUUGGAUCUCAAACGCCUUGGCUCCCAAACAAAUCGAACGAUCGAAACCCGGAAGCGAGUGUUCCGGUUUUCGAGCGGUUUUUGGAAGCCGAACAUCCGACGCGGCUUCUGAUUGGCCGCAGGACACUCCUGCAGCCAAUCAGAAGCCGCACCUUGUUUUUUGAACAGUUCCAGGAGUUGAACGGACUCUGUUUGAGAACCAAGAUACAACUGCAGCAGAUCUGGGAAAAGUUGAGAUGAAAGGGCAGCCGGAGAGAUCAGGGGAUCCCCGGCGAGGGAAGGUUGCCACAUUCGGGGCUUUGCGGUUUAGGGAAAAGUUGAGCAAGAGAAAACAUGGCUGGGAUGCAGACGAUGGUGACGUUUGUUGUGGAGAAAGAGGAGAGAGGAUGGUCAUGCUGGAACCCCAUGGGAAAAGCUGAGUGUGGGAAGAUCCGAAAAAAAGUCAUUCUUCAGGCAUCAGACACAAACUCUGAAACUCAUUUCCCUGGGAGUCAGGGAUGGCCUCAACUUGGGUGGCAAAGAUAGACAAAUCGAUGGCAGAGGAGACGACUGUCGAGGGCUGUGAGUCGCAGGGGCCUUGUUCUCCCUCCGCUGCUGUUCUGCUCAGGUCCUGCUUGCGGGAUUCGCAUUCGGGCCGCUGGCUGGCCACUUUGAGAAGCGGGGUGCAGUAGAGCAGACGACAUUUGUAGGUUUGCAAGAAGUUUUGUGAGGAGUAUUAUUGGAAGUAUUGCAAAAAUGGAGAAGGGGAAGGAUGAUUUGUUAAGAGAUGUAAAGGCAAUAUAAAGUUAAGAAAUGCAUAAAAGGUAAAGGGACCCCUGACCAUUAGGUCCAGUCGUGACCGACUCUGGGGUUGUGGCGCUCAUCUCGCUUUAUUGGCUGAGGGAGCCGGCGUACAGCUUCCGGGUCAUGUGGCCAGCAUGACUAAGCCGUUUCUGGCGAACCAGAGCAGCGCACGGAAAUGCCGUUUACCUUCCCGCCGGAGUGGUACCUAUUUAUCUACUUGCACUUUGACGUGCUUUCGAACUGCUAGGUUGGCAGGAGCAGGGACCGAGCAAUGGGAGCUCACCCCAUCGUGGGGAUUCGAACCGCCGACCUUCUGAUUGGCAAGCCCUAGGCUCUGUGGUUUAACCCACAGCACCACCUGUGUCCCUAAGAAAUGCAUAAGAAGUGGUUAAAAAAUGUGGAUCAUCAGAGGUGCUGAUGGAAGUCUAAAAAGAUUGUGUAAGUGAUAAGUUUUGUGGUACAUUUUAUAAUUUAUAUGUUAAAAUCAAUAAAAAUUAUUUAAAAAAGAGAGAGAAGUGGGGUGCUGGACUCCCCUUUGUGGCCUGUUCCAGCUACGGUCUCAACACUCUGAACAUGCACAGGUAGAUUCAGGUGGACACCUUGCGGCGUUUCUCUGAGGACUCCCUUGCCUCCCUUCCCUGCUCGUGCCUUUCUUCCAGUCUGGGAAGAAGGAGGCUGGCCCCGUCGUGGCCGGAUCCUGCGACGCAUGGCACGGGAAAUGUCUCUCGUGAGGCCUCUGCCCAGUGGGCUCCCCCUGCUUGGCGCUUCUCACCCGGCUGUGUGUCUCCCUCUCCCUUCUGCCCCUUCAGCUCUGCCGCAAGCACAAGGUGGGCGUCCUGUACUGCAAAGCCGACCAGAGCUCCGAGGAGGAGAUGUACAACAACGAAGAGGCCGGGCCUGCCUUUGAGGAGUUCCUGGCGCUGCUGGGGGAGAAGGUGUGCCUCAGGGGCUUCGACAAGUAUGCCGCCCAGCUGGACACCAAAAGUAGGUCCCUCUGGCCAUUUGCUGGGGGCAGGCGGCAGGUCGGCUGGCCGGCCGGCUGCUCUCUGUUCCCCCGAAACCUCCCGUUCCCCAACUCUCUCUGGCUGCUCGGGGGGAGGCUGUGAAGGAGCUACCCAGUCCAUCCCUCCCCUCCACCCACUAGUCCCCGCUGCCAGUCCCUCCUGAGCAUCCCUCCUGCUUGCUUUUGCCUUCCAGCCGACUCCACGGGCACCCACUCUCUCUACACCACCUACCAGGGCUACGAGAUCAUGUUCCACGUCUCCACGAUGCUUCCUUACACCCCCAACAAUAGGCAGCAGGUACGAGGUGGGCUCCACGCAAGUGGGGGUUGCAUUUUUUAAAAUAACUUUAUUUGAUCAGAUUACAAGAUGUGGGAUCUUCACUGCCUAUUUUGUUGGUUCUGCAGCUUGCAGAACCGCCUUGUGUUCUAGCAACAUAGAAGAAAAGCGGUGUGCAAAUUAAAACAGAAAAUGAAAUUAAAAACAUUCGGUCCCCCUGACCCCAGAGAGCAAGGAAUGCCGGACAUGUUCUGAGGGGACAGCUGUGGCGUUCUGGGGGGUCCUGGCAAUCCCACCUCCUUUGUCGCAUAUCCAGCGCCCCUUGGCUGGGUGUCUAAAUGUGUUCCUGCGUUCAGGGAUGCCCUCAGUGGCGCUGCCCUGCCACCACCUGGACCUCCUGAGCUUUUCUGCUCUCUUCUUCCCUCCCACCGGCACAUCUGGACGCAGAGGUCUACUGAGAUUUGGGGCGUUGUUCUCACUUUCUGUUUUGUGUUGCUUUCUUACUGUCCUAAUACUGCCCUAAACCUUAUGUGUCUAGGGUAGUUUUUAAUGUCUGAUGUUUUAUUGUAUUUUUAAUAUUGUAUUUUUAGCACCGUAUUUUUCGCUCUAUAGGACACACCCGACCAUAGGACGCACCUUGUUUUAGAGGGGAGAACAAGAAUAAAAAAUCUCCCCCUCUCUGCUCAGCACCCCUUCAGCGAAGCGGCAGGAGAAACGGAGCCCCUUCCAUUUCUCCUCCCACUUUGCUGAAGGGGCGCUGCGCAGCCCUCCCUCUCUGCUGAAGCCAGGAGAGUCUUGCUCUCCUGGCUUCAGCAAAAGGAACCCAAAGCCUCCGGAGCGCGGCGGGAGCGCUCCCACUGCGCUUCGGAGGCUUUGCGUUCCUAUCGCUGAAGCCAUGGAGCCUGCAUUCGCUCCAUAAGAUGCACACACAUUUCCACAUAUUUUUUGGAGGGGGAAAAGUGUGUCUUAUAGAGCAAAAAAUACGGUAUUUUGUUGGAAGCUUGUUAGUUACCUUGUGCAAUGUCAACCUUACACGGAUGACGGCCAGUGAGUUGAAUGCAAGCAAGGCAGAGAGCUUAAAAGUGCUGUUUGUGCUUGGAGCACAUGGUGCAAGGUGAGCUUUUAAGCCAGGGGUCAGCAACCUUUUUCAGCAGGGGGGCGGUCCACCGUCCCUCAGACCAUGUGGUGGGCUAGACUAUAUUUUUUUGGGGGGGGGGGGAAUGAACGAAUUCCUAUGCACCACAAAUAAUGCAGAGAUGCAUUUUAAAUAAAAGGACACAUUCUACUCAUGUAAAAACACGCUGAUUCCUGGACUGUCCGCGGGCCGGAUUGAGAAGGAGAUUGGGCCACAUCUGGCCCCCGGGCCUUAAGUUGCCUACCCCUGUUUUAAGCUCUCUGCCUUUUGGGGGGCAAAGCCUGCUCCAGAUAGAAGUUCAGGGACGCUGGCACAGGGGUAGUUUGAAUAUGUGCAUUCUUGCACAUAUGUGGAGCCCUUGGGCCCAAACCCCCAUGCAGGAUGCGAUUGGACUGUGUCAUUUGCACACGUGGCCCUGGGUCUGGAUGAAAAUGCGUUUGAGGAACACUUCAGAUGAAUAACUGAGACCCCCUCUGUCUGUCUCCUCCUUCCUCCUCCAGCUGCUCAGGAAGAGGCACAUUGGGAACGACAUCGUCACCAUCAUCUUCCAGGAGCCGGGGGCUCUGCCCUUUACUCCCCAGAACAUCCGCUCCCAUUUCCAGCAUGUCUUCAUCAUCGUCCGGGCCCAGAAUCCCUGCACAGAGAACGUUUGCUACAGGUAACACCCCCUCCCCGAAAGGGCCCCCAGGCUCAUCCCACAGACUCUCUGGCAGAAUCAUCAAAUGGUGCAGUUGGAAUGGGCUCCAGGGUCAUGUAGUCCAACCCCCUGCAGUAGUCGUUCUAGAAGGGUCUGGCAGGAGGGAGGAAGCCCCCCAGGCAGAGCUAACGCUAGUCAGGAGGAAUGCUUAUCCUAUGGGCCAAGUGAGCUUUUGAGGUGACCAGGGCAUAGCUGUCAAGCGUCCCUUAUUUGGUGGGAAAGUCCCUUAUCCCAGCGCUGUUUCCCGCUGCUGUCCCUUAUUGAUGAUGUCCCUUAAAUUUCCUGGGUUUCAAAGGAAGCAGCUCCUCUCCCUCCCUCCCUGCCAGCCAGGGAGGAGGGAGGCUCCAACUGUGUUGCUUGGCUGCGUUGCUCACCGAAUAAGGAGUCUAAGAAUGACUGGGAGGUGGAGCUUGCAUGCCUUGUGCUGAUCAAAUCGGCUGCGUUGCCAGGGGACUCACCUUUGCUCAGUGCUUCCCAGCGGAGAGGUGACGGUGAUGUCCUUGAGGCUUGAGGCUUCAUUUGGCUGCUGGCUGGGCUUUCUGCCUUUGGCUCAGAGGGGCUCAGAAGUUGAACAUACCUGUGCCCGGAAAAUCCCUUAUUUUGGCUGCUGAUCCCUUAUUUUUGAGGCUGCUGGUCCCUUAUUUUCAAAUCUGUAAGUUGACAGCUAUGGACCAGGGCCAAAUUUGACAAGUGGGCGGGGCCACCUUUCUGCCCAUCACAUGAGGUCAUCACGACAUCAUUCAGCUGCAACAGGAAGGGUCUGUGGCAGCAAGAGGUCCAGAUUCAGAGGCAGGAGAAGAGGCAAGCCAAGAUGCAGAGAUGAGUUCGGCUGGUGAAGUGGCCCGGGUGUCUCCCCCUCCUGCUGUGACCAGCUCCCCUCCUCCCUGGUCUCCCAGAACCAGGAGAGGCAUGAAAAGGGCGGAGAGGAGGUUGGCUUCACGCAAGCUAAGGCUCUGAUUGUUUGGGGAAAACCCUGGAGAGGUGGAGACUGAGAUGGCGGAGGGGAGGUGGGAACUUUCAGUCUGGGCAACUGAUCCGUGGGGCAAGACCUACCAGGUAUAAACUGCUGGGAUUUACUGCCGGCCGGCUCCUGCCUUCUGCUUGGUCCAAGCUGUGCUUCCCACUUCUCUCCUUCCGUGUCCCCAGCGUGGCGGUGACCCGCUCCAAAGACGUCCCUCCCUUUGGGCCAGCCAUCCCCAGCCGAGCCGCCUUCCACAAAUCCGACGUCUUCCGGGACUUCCUGCUGGCCAAGGUGAUCAACGCCGAGAACGCGGCCCACAAGUCGGACAAGUUCCACACGAUGGCCACGCGGACGCGGCAGGAGUACCUGAAGGACCUGGCGGAGAACUGCGUCACCAGCACGCCCAUCGACUCCACGGGGAAGUUCAACCUGAUCUCUCUGGCCUCCAAGAAGAAGGAGAAGACGAAAGCCCGGCCGGGAGCCGAGCAGCACAGUGCCGGGGCCAUUGCGUGGCACGUGCAGGCGCAGGAUUACACCCAGGGGCUGGAGAUCGAGUGCAUCUUGGGCAUCUCCAACGAGUUUGUCGUCCUCUUGGACCUGGGCACCAAAGAGGUGGUCUUCAACUGCUUCUGCGCGGACGUGAUCGGGUGGACGCCGGACACGUUCAGCAUCAAGGUCUUCUACGGGCGCGGGGACCACAUUUUCAUCCGGGCCCUGGAGAGCAACCCGGAGGACAUCAAGGAGAUUGUGCAGCGGCUGAAGGUCAGUGACGGCCACAUUAAGUCAGGACCCUUGGAUCCUUGGGCCCUUUGCUUGCAUGCGUGGAGCGGAUGGGGGUUUGAAACCAAGUUUAUAAAAAUUAUGGGGGGGGGAGCAGAUUGCAACUAAAGCUUAGGAAUAACUUUGUAAUGGUCAGAGCCGCUACAGAGCGGAACGGUCUCCUUCAGAAGGUGGCAGUGGCAUGCGGUUGGUGGACUGGGGGGGCUAGACUGGUCCCCUAAAUGUUCCCAGUAAAUUAAGGUAAAGGUAAAGGGACCCCUGACCAUUAGGUCCAGUCGUGGCCGACUCUGGGGUUGCGGCGCUCAUCUCGCUUUAUUGGCCGAGGGAGCCAGUGUACAGCUUCCGGGUCAUGUGGCCAGCAUGACUAAGCUGCUUCUGGUGAACCAGAGCAGCGCAUGGAAACGCUGUUUACCUUCCUGCUGGAGCAGUACCUAUGUAUCUACUUGCACUUUGGCGUGCUUUUGAACUGCUAGGUUGGCAGGAGCAGGGACCGAGCAACGGGAGCUCAACCCGUCGCAGGGAUUUGAACCGCCGACCUUCUGAUCGGCAAGUCCUAGGCUCUGUGGUUUAACCCACAGCGCCACCUGCGUCCCUCCCAGUAAAUGAAUAAAGUGUUAAAGCCCGGUGCCUCGUUCCCAGAGCCUGGAACGCUUCUGCCCGGGUUAGGGAGAGAGGCAUGAUGCUCACAAGUGGAACAUUGGGACGUCACAACAUCACACACGUGUCCUGGCAAACCAGCGCCUCUGGCCGUAACUGUUCCCCUACGAAAAAUUUCACCGCCUGCCACUGGAAGAUGGGGUGCAAUCCUUCAUUGGAGUUUCUUAAGCAGAGGUUGAGCGGUGAUCCCUGCAUUUCGGGGGGUCAGACCAGAUGACCCUUGCGGUCCCUUACGGUUCCACUCUUCUUUGCCCCUUCCGACUCUUUCCCUAGGUCAUGACCUCUGGCUGCGAGACGGUGGAGAUGACACUGCGGAGGAACGGGCUGGGGCAGCUGGGAUUCCACGUGAAGUUUGACGGGACGGUGGCCGAGGUGGAGGACUACGGCUUUGCCUGGCAAGCGGGGCUGCGCCAGGGCAGCCGGCUGGUGGAGAUCUGCAAGGUGGCCGUGGUCACGCUCAGCCACGACCAGAUGAUCGACUGGCUGCGCACCUCUGUGACGGUGAAGGUGGUCAUCGUCCCUCCGCACGAGGAUGGCGUCCCUCGCAGGUAACAUUGGCCUUGCUUUGCAUCCAACUCCUGGCAGGCUGGCAGAAGCAAAAGGAUUCCUGUGGCUCCACACAGAGGUCUUUUCUGCACCAAACCAUUGUGUUGUGCCAAGAGGACGCAGCCAUGCCCAUUGAGUGGCCUCGCAUGGACCCCUUUUGCACGCUUUUGCUCCCGCUGCUCAUCGCAGAGCUGGCAAGGGCUGUGGAAGCAGUGUUGUCAGGGUCUGAUGUGCAAGGCAGGAGGCUGGUUCGGGGUCCUUGGCAAACAGCUUGUGCAGCCUCUGGUGGAGGAGAUCCCGCCUGCUCCUGAGGAAGGGCCAUCCUGAAGUUCAGUUAGACUGUUGUUUAGUCGUGUCCGACUCUUCGUGACUCCUUGGACCAGAGCACGCCAGGCACUCCUGUCUUCCACUGCCUCCCGCAGUUUGGUCAAACUCAUGCUGGUAGCUUCGAGAACACCGUCCCACCAUCUCGUCCUCUGUCGUCCCCUUCUCCUUGUGCCCUCCAUCUUUCCCAACCAGGGUCUUUUCCAGGGAGUCUUCUCUUCUCACGAGGUGGCCAAAGUCUUGGAGCCUCAGCUUCAGGAUCUGUCCUUCCAAUGAGCACUCAGGGCUGAUUUCCUUCAGAAUGGAUAGGUCUGAUCUUCUUGCAGCCCAUGGGACUCUCAAGAGUCUCCUCCAGCACCAGAAUUCAAAAGCAUUCAUUGUUCAGCGAUCAGUUAGACUACAUCUCCCAUAUUGGCCAUGCUGGCUGGGACUGAUGGGAGUUGAAGUCAUCAUUUGGGUGGCCCCUGGGUCUCCAUUGCUGUCCCCAUGAGUGAUGGGUAAGGCUUGUGGCUGAUGUUGCAGUGGACGCUCAGUUCUGCCUCAAGCAACAUAUCCAUUUAGGCCUGGGCUCUGUGGGUUAAACCACAGAGCCUAGGACUUGCCAAUCAGAAGGUCGGCGGUUCGAAUCCCAGCGACGGGGUGAGCUCCCAUUGCUCGGUCCCAGCUCCUGCCAACCUAGCAGUUUGAAAGCACGUCAAAGUGCAAGUAGAUAAAUAGGUACCGUUCCGGUGGGAAGGUAAACGGCGUUUCCGUGCGCUGCUCUGGUUCGCCAGAAGCGGCUUAGUCCUGCUGGCCACAUGACCCGGAAGCUGUAUGCCGGCUCCCUCGGCCAAUAAAGUGAGAUGAGCACCGCAACCCCAGAGUCGGUCAGGACUGGACCUAAUGGUCAGGGGUCCCUUUACCGUUAACUGUUUGCUGUUACAGUUUUUAUUAAUUGCCCAGCCUUUGCCCUAAUGUCCCAGUUGCUGCAGGCCCAGGAGGUCUCAGGGUGUGUGGGGAGGUGGUCGCUCAACCUCGCUCCUUGCCCCAAGUGGUGGAGCAGCAUGGAGAAGGGAGUUUGCGUAUCUUGUGGCCUUUGUCUCCCUAGCGCAACAGAUCCAUGUUUCAAAAGAGACUUCUUGCAGUUUGGAAAGUGACAGAGAAAUGCAUUGAGAAAUGUGGGGUGGGUGGAUGAGCGAUGAGGGGAAGCCUAGAAAUCAGAAAAGAGGCAGGGUGGAGGCUCAGUGUUGUCUAAAGGUACCCCUGACCGUAAGGUCCAGUUGUGGACAACUCUGGGGUUGCAUGCUCAUCUCGCUCUAUAGGCCGAGGGAGCCGACAUUUGUCCGCAGACAGCUUCCGGGUCAUGUGGCCAGCAUGACUAAGCCACUCCUGUUAAUCUGCAUCUGCUACGCUUACUCAAGAGUCUUUGGUGAGGGACUUGAUCAGUGGCUUUUGGAGAGUCUUAAGUACACUGUACUUCCUGCAUCACCCCUUUCCAUAUGCUUAUAAAGGUAAAGGUAAAGGACCCCUGACAGUUAAGUCCAGUCGUAAACGAUUCUGGGGUUGUGGUGCUCAUCUCACUUUACUGGCUGAGGGAGCUGUUUGUCUGCAGACACCUUCCGGGUCAUGUGGCCAGCAUGACUAAGCCGCUUCUGGCAAACCAGAGCAGCGCACGGAAACACCGUUUACCUUCCCGCCGGAGCGGAACCUAUUUAUCUACUUGCAUUUUGACGUGCUUUCGAACUGCUAGGUUGGCAGGAGCUGGGACCAAACAACGGGAGCUCACUCCGGCGCAGGGAUUCGAACCUCUGACCUUCCGAUCGGCAAGCCUUAGGCUCUGUGGUUUAGACCACAGCGCCACCCGCGUCUCCCCAGUGUUGUCUAAGCGCCCCAUAAACCAAUCAGAGCAAAUGCUCUGUGAAGAUAAAGACUCAAUAAAGACUGACUACUAUCCAAUCUCUGCAAUAAGCUUUGUGCACGGAAGUCAGAAUGGCUGGGUCAACAUUUUGAUUUUGCUAAUUCAGUACAACCCCACGAUCUCGUUCCUGGUCAGUCACUGCCAGUUCCAGCUCCCCCUAAACACAUGCCAAGUGAGGAAAUAUCUUGAGCCAGUGGGCUUCACAUUACUCUAGUUUCAGUUCCUCACAAUCCCUUUUUGCUCCUGUAUGUGAUCUGUAAAUUUUGGCCCCCUUGCUGCUCUCCCCCAACUCCAGGUCAUUUGUGAACAAGUUUGCAAGCAGAGGCCCAAGCGACGCUUGAGGGACUUUCCGCAUACCUCCAUCCUGUUCUCUGGUUCUCCUGUUCCUUAACCAGUUACCAGUCCAUGGUGGAAUCUAGGCACAUACAAAAAAAUGCUGUGGAAAUGCUUUUUCUUUCGUAUUGAAAACUGUAUUGAAUUCGCCAUAAGGCUAACAGUCACCAUCUAGUGUCGCAUUUGUUUACUGCACUUUACAACACGGGUGGCGGGUGGCGCUGUGGGUUAAACCUCAGCGCCUAGGACUUGCCGAUCGCAUGGUCGGCGGUUCAAAUCCCUGCGACGGGGUGCGCUCCUGUUGCUCGGUCCCAGCACCUGCCAACCUAGCAGUUCGAAAGCACCCCCGGGUGCAAGUAGAUAAAUAGGGACCGCUUACUAGUGGGAAGGUAAACGGCAUUUCUGUGUGCGGCUCUGGCUCGCCAGAGCAGCUUCGUCACGCUGGCCACGUGACCCGGAUGUGUCUGCGGACAGCGCUGGCUCCCGGCCUCUAGAGUGAGAUGAGCGCACAACCCUAGAGUCGGACACGACUGGCCCGUACGGGCAGGGGUACCUUUACCUUUUACAACACACUCACAAUGUUUUAUUUGCAGCUGUAGAGCUGAGUCCCAUGACAGGCCCUCUCCUGUUAAUCUGCGUCUGCUACGCUUACUCAAGAGUCUUUGGUGAGGGACUUGAUCAGUGGCUUUUGGAGAGUCUUAAGUACACUGUACUUUCUGCAUCACCCCUUUCCAUAUGCUUAUAAAGGUAAAGGUAAAGGACCCCUGACAGUUAAGUCCAGUCGUAAACGAUUCUGGGGUUGUGGUGCUCAUCUCACUUUACUGGCUGAGGGAGCUGACGUUUGUCUGCAGACACCUUCCGGGUCAUGUGGCCAGCAUGACUAAGCCGCUUCUGGCAAACCAACGCAGCGCACAGAAACACCGUUUACCUUCCCGCCGGAGCGGAACCUAUUUAUCUACUUGCACUUUUGACAUGCUUUCAAACUGCUAGGUUGGCAGGAGCAGGGACCAAGCAACAGGAGCUCACCCCGUCGCAGGGAUUUGAACCGCCGACCUUCCAAUUGGCAAGCCCUAGACACUGUGGUUUAGACCCCCGCAUCCCUAUGCUUAUAGAAAAUAAUAAUAAUAAUAUUCAUUUAUUUAUUCAUUCAUACAUACAUACCCCACCCAUCUGGCUGAGUCUCCCCAGCCACUCUGGGCAGCUCCCAAUAGAUUAAAAACAGAAUAAAAUAUCAAAUAUUAAAAACUUCUGUACAGGGUUGCCUUCAGAUGUCUUCUCAAAGUCAGAUAGUUGUUUAUUUCCUUGACAUCUGAUGGGAGGCAUUCCACAGGGGGGGCACCACCACUGAGAAGGCCCUCUGCCUGGUUCCCUGUAACUUUGCUUCUCGCAGAGAGGGAACUGCCAGAAGGCCCUCAGGGCUGGACCUCAGUGUCCAGGCUGAAUGAUGGGGGUGGAGACGCUCCUUCAGGUUAGCCACUGCAGGGGGUUGGACUAGAUGACUGUAGGGUUCCCUUCCAACUCUACAGUUCUAGGAUUCUGUGACUUGACCCUGAAGAAGCCUUGCUGGCCCUCCUCCAACAAAACUUGUUCUUCCAAAGGCUUGGCCAUUCUGUCUUGGGACGAUGCUUUCCGCCCGUUUCCCGGGAGCAGAGGCUAACAGAGAGCGAGGACGGGUGUGCUGACACCCUGCUCAGGACUGACUGCAUUACUCAGGAAUGAGGGCUCCCUGGGGGGGAAUCUGGGCCGCACCCUGCAUUGCUGGAACAUAACCAUCCCGGCGUACAGCUGUUUUGCGCCUGAGGAGUCUGGGAGAGGAGAGCGAGGAGCCGUUUCAGAUGUCGGUUCAGGAUUCAGAUCCGCUCCUGGUCUACCAGUCGCCAGAGCAGAAGGGAACAGUCCCCGGCUCAAGUGCAGGGUCGGGGGGGGGGGCACAGAGCCCGGCCCCUGCGCAUCAUCUCUCCCAGGUUGUAGUCAGUGGAUGCUUGGGGGCAGUCGUUGCAAGACCAGUGGUAGAUGUCCUGUUUCUUGCUGAGCCUACUCUUAUUCUGGUGAGCGAGACGUCCCAAAGUCGGUGGGGGGUAGAGAUGGAGUUACUGUAUUUUUCACUCCAUACGAUGCACCUGACCAUAAGACGCACCUAGUUUUUAGAGGAGGAAAACAAGAAAAAAAAUAUUCUGAACGAAACAGUGGAUGUAUGAUUUUUGUGGUUCAUGCUGUGGCCACAAACAUGUGAUUUGACGGUGAGUUUGGGGUAGCCCAAUGCAAAAAUCCUGAGAAUCCAUGUGGAUCCGUGCUUUGUAACCACGUUUUUGCGCCAUUGCAUGAUCUGCUUUUCGCCCCUGGGCAAUUCGGCUCCAGGGACCAUGCAUUUGCUCCAUAAGACGCAGAGACAUUUCCCCUUCCUUUUUAGGAAGAAAAAAGUGCGUCUUACGGAGCGAAAAAUACGGUACUUAUGGUUCUUUAGCCAUUGUCCUCUUGACAUUGAUCCUGAGCUGAACAGCGUCCGAACGCUUCUUGCCAGAAGGCAGCAUGGCCAAGCUGUGGGGAAGAGUUUUACACAUGGAGCCUUUGUGGGGGUGAGGGUGGGGGGGCUUCUGGGUUUGCAUGCCACAGCUGACCACAGGCAGGUCGCCGACUCAGCCUCCCAUCUGUAAACAUUAGUGUUGUCGUCGUUGUAGUUGUUCAUAGGUUUAUUACUUGCACAUCCCCAGGGCAGCUCACGGCACUUUAAAACCCAGAAUUAAAAGCAGCCAGAACAAAUAAUGGCCAUGGGAAGAGGGUGCGUCCUGCAAACACGCAUCUCAGGUGUGACUUCAGCAUCCGGCCGGAAGCUGCGGGGAGGGAAAUCCUCAGCAAGGGGUGAAGGCGAGCUUUGCGGUUCCUGUUUUUUAAGCGCUUUGGAUGCGAAAAGCUGCGUUUGCAAGGCUGCCUGGGGUGAGGACGGCGAGCGUUUCAUGCUGGCUUUUCCCAGACUCCCCUUUUUGGGAAGUUCUCCACCCUGCACGGCCCCUUUCCGCUCCCGCCUGCGAGUGGGCUGCUCUUACUCAUCUCCUCUAGAGGAGGCGGAUGCAUAGAGCCUGCAAAGAGUUAAGUAGCAAUCCUCGCGAGCCCCAGCUGUGCCCUUGGCCUCUCCAGCUUCCUGCCUGAUUCGCCAGGUGUGGUUGGGAGAGCAAGUUGAGGCACCCCUCAGCUUGCCGACACGUCCGCCCUCCCCAACCAAAUUGCCGGUGCCGAACGGAGCGCACGAGCACAAUGGCUGAACUGACACUGAGGCGGUUGCUUGCCCUUCCUCUCCACAGAGCCAAGGGGGUGGGCAGUGGGGUUCCCACAGCAGAGGCAGGUAUUGGCGGCCCUGAAAUUUGAGUGGGGUGGUCUUGUCGGGCCCUGGAAGCCGGCUCCGGCGCCAGGUGUUGCCGGGGGGGGGGGCUCCCCCUGCCAAGGCUUGUUGCCAAUGACUUCAUCCUUCCCAGCACUGCUUUUUGGAGAUCCAGCUGGCGGAGGGAGGAAUCAGAUGCUCGCUUUUGCUAGAGACUUGCCUGGGUGAGUGAAAUCUGCAGCUCUGUGUGCUGUGCCCCCCCCCCCCCCACUAGCAAACAGUGGCACCCCAGAGGAAUGGGUGCAGAUCCACCUGGCCAGGGGAAGCCCAUCACAAGGCGGUAGGCUGUCUCCAUCCUCCGACGGAGCCUGGCCCUUGCGGCUGUCCCUCCCGUUCUGAAAUCCAGCCUUCCUGCCGCGCUGGAAGUUCUGGUUUGGUGCAGAGGUGGCCCCUGGCCUUGAACCCACCUGUGGUCUCCCAAGGGAGAGCCAGAAAAGAGGGUCUCCUUUUGGAGUUGGAGGGCAGCCCAGAGACACAUGCUGGAUGGGGAAUGGAGUAGAGCGUGAGUCAUGGCAAGAGGUCUUUUUGCAAAGGUUGACUCAGCGUGAUUCUUUGCUUCCGAGAAUUGCAUGGUAGUUCUUACAUCAGGCCAUUGGAGGAUCGGAGCUGCAAAGUGUCUGGGGUUUUUUUUUGGAGGGGGGGUCAAUGAGCACAGCUCCCCACCAUCUCUCUGAGCACAUGUCUCUCUCCUUGUUUCAUAAGCCGCACAUCUUGGCAGCCCCUGCCGUGUGCAUGACUCAGGUAACCGAAAGUCCUUCCUCAUGCAGUUCAGUGUUGGACUGUGGAACUCCCUCCCACAGGAGCCAGGGAUGGCUUUAAAAGAGGAUGUGAGAAAUCCAUGGAGGAGGAGGGGAGGGCUGUCGAUGGCUCUUAGCCAGGAUGACUAUGCUGUGCCUUCACAGUUGGAGGCAGCGAUGAUCCUGAGAGCUAAUUGCUGGAAGUCACAGGAGAUGGGGACAGGGCUCUUGGGCUCGGAUCCCGCUUGCAGGUUUACCUUGGCGUUAUCCGGUUGGCCCCUGUGAAAACAGGAGUCUGAUCCAGCAGCUGAGCUCUUCUUACUUGUUAUUGUGGAGCCUCCAGGUCCAGAGGCAGUCUAUCAUGAUUCCUGGGUUCUUAGGGCACGAAGACAGGAUGCGGGGCCAGACGGGCACUCUUGGAUCUGCUUACGUUGCCUCUGGCCUGGUGGAGGCCAUGAGGGCCAACUUUGAUGGCACUAGCAGCCUUUCUCAACCUGUGGGUCCCCAGAAGUUGUUGAACUACAACUCCCAUCACCCCUAGCUAGCAAGGCCAGAGCUCAGGGGUGAUGGGAGUUGUAGUCCAACAACAUCUGGGGACUCACAGGUUGAGAACCGCUGCUCUAAAGGAAGAGUCGGAAGGGGUGCGGAGGGUCAUCCAGCCCAACCCCGUUCCGUGCGGACGGUGGAGAGCUUUGCUCAGUGCGCCUCUGCUCUGUUCUCUCCCUCUGCAGGGGCUGGGCUGAGUCCUUCAAGAUGAGCACCCUGGAGGCCAAGGGGGAGCAGGAGAGCCUGCCGGUGGGCUACCGGCCCCCCUACCGCAGCAACUCCGCCUGGCAGUGGAGCAGCGCUGCCACCCACGGCUCCUCGCAGCCGAGCCACGGCCAGUCCCAGUCCUUGACCAGGACCCCGAAGCAGAGCGCCGUGGCCCCUUACCGAGAGCCCCAGCCCCUGCAUGGCAAGAGGUGAGGAGGAGGAGGAGGGUUGUCGGGCAUGGGGGGGCGCUUGGCUUGCUCAUUUUCUCCCCCCUCCUGGCAGCCUCGCCCUCCUGUUGCUGCUGCUGCAUGCGACAUCUUUGGAGCUUCCUGGCGGCGCUCCCUGCCUGCCAGUGCCCUUUGGACGGUCCUGCCGCAGAGCCUGUGGGUCAUGACUCAAGCUCUUUCCUUCUCCCAUUGCCUCCCCCCCCCCCUUUGACUAAUUGCUCCAUUAUCUCUGCUGAGGAUGUUCAGAAGAGGCCUGCCGAAGCGCUGCUGGGCACCGGGGAGAGCGCUGAAGUUCUUCUUCCUCUUCCUGAUACAUCUCUCUCUCUCUCUCUCUCUCUCUCUCUCUCUCUGCCUCCCCCCUUCCAGGCCAGUGAGCUUCCCAGAGACCCCCCCAGCGCUCUCUUCCUCGCAGCCUGGGGCAGAGAGGAUCCUGUCCUAUCGCCAGACCUCGGGCAGCUUCUCCAUGCCAGGCUCUUCGGGGGCAGCGGCGGGGGCGGCCUACGCCCGCUACAAGCCAUCUCCAGAAAGGUAGGCACGGGGGGGGGGGGCAGCCCCAAGGGGGUCUCUGCACAUCUCAGGUGGCAACCGGGCAAGGCCCUGCAGGGAGUGGGGAAGAAGGGCAGAGGGUUCGAUUCUCAGCGCAGAGAGAGUUUGGGACCCCAGUCCUGGGCGUUCUGGCCUUCGUUCCCAGGCAGCAGAAGAUUCUCUCUCUUCCCCCCCCCAUCUCGCCAGGUGGGUUGGGGGGCAGCAGGGCAGGGGGCUUCACCCAUCACUCCGCAUGGCAAGCAGCUGCGAACAAAAUCAGGACAAGAAGUAACAAAGCAGCAGAGGCACCUACCUGUUAACAGCGACGUCCUUGCUUGGCACAGGUUUUUCUUAGCGCUCCAACGUGUGACAAAAAGGUGCCAAGUGGCAGAGAAGGUUUGGCUGGCACCUUGUGAUACCCUGCAAAGUGGGCGGGUGGAGGUGUUUGGGUUGGGAAAGGGCAUUUUGCACCCUCCUUCUCCUUUUUUCCUCUUCGUUCCACUUCACGGCGACUCCGUGCAAAUGGUGCCCGCUGCAAAAUGCUCGGAUGCUUCGGUGCCAGACCCCACCCUGAGCACAAAGGGACGCAGGUCCUGCCGAGGUGGGGGGCAUUAGCCAGACGGGCAGCGUUUGGCGUGUGGAGGAGCGAUGGGUCACCCUGGCAUGCGCUGGGCCGCUUCGGGGAGGGCAGUGAAAGGGUUGAGCCAGGAAGGGGCAGCAGGCUGAGCUUGAGGCGCUGGCUGGCAUCGUGGCAUGGUGCCCGAGAGAAGCAUCCUCUCCCUUUCCCCAGGGGUCUGUUGCUGCCACUUCAUCCAGCCUGGUUGGCAUGAGACGUCGGCUGGCACGCCUGGUGCAAUGGGGACCCUCGCAGGGCACCAGUCACGGCCUCAGCACCCGGGCCCUGCUGCAACCUCUCCUUGCUCUCUCGCCCUCUGAAGCUGGAGAGAGGGGGAGGGUCUGGGGGGGUGGGUUGCCCUUGCUGCCCCCUGCCCACCUGACUGGGGAAGAGGGCAUCUUCAUCCUCUGGCCUGGCACUUGAGUCUUCCGCUGCAGCUCCUGCCCCGAGAGGUCUGGCCGUGGAGCGUUGCUGCUUUGGGGGGACGUGUGGGGCUGGAGAACGGUGGUUAGGGGGCUGUGUGCUGAGCCUCCCCUUGUCCCUUCUGCUCCUCUCUUUCUGGGCUGUGCCUCCGUUGCCUGGGCCACCGAACUGAGGAGCGCUAUGCCUCUUCAUUCCCCUCCCUCCCUCUCCUCCCCCCUGCCAUAAAUUUGGUAUUUUUAAAACCUGCUAAUGAACGGGAGGCAGGCUGGGUGGCGUUACUCCUCCCCCCCCCCCGCCUCAGUUUGCCUUCUUGAGCUGCCACCUGCCUCAUUCCUUCUCUCCUUUCUCUCUCUCCCAGUUCCACACACAGGUAUGCAGCCCCACAAGCGCAGCGGCCCCUGAUGCCCUUCGACCCCCUCUAUGCCCACGAGGCGGCCUCCAACGGGGACUCCUGCUCUUCCUCCGGGGGGGUGGCCAGCCAGGAGAGCACCAUGGAGAGGCCCAAGCCUGGUAAGGGGGAGCGGGGUUUCGGGGGGGGGGUUGUGGGAGUGAGUUGAGCUCAGCCAGGGCCUUGCAGAGCCAGGCAGAGGCCCGGGCCAGGUAAAUAAUAAUAAUGAUAAUAAUAAUAAUAAUAAUAAUAAUAAUAAUAAUAAUAAUUUAUUAUUUGUACCCCACCCAUCUGGCUGGGUUUCCCCAGACACUCUGGGCGGCUUCCACAAAGACCAAAAAUACACUAAGAUGUAACACAUUAAAAGCUUCCCUAAACAGGGCUGCCUUCAGAUGUCUUCUAAAUGUCAGGUAGUUUGACAUCUGAUGGGAGGGCGUUCCACAGGGCAGGUGCCACUACCGAGAAGGCCCUCUGCCUGGCUCCCUGUAACCUCACUUCUCGCAAUGAGGGAACCACCAGAAGGCCCUCGGCGCUGGACCUCAGCGUCCAGGCAGAACAAUGGGGGUGGAGACGCUUCUUCAGGUAUACUGCCCCCCCCUUUUUUUUACCCUGGGGAUAACUGAAGUCUUAUAAAUAAGUCAGUAUAUAAAUAAUUUUCACAGAAGCUAUGCUGACAAAUAAUUUUAUUUCAAGGCUUGAAUCGUAUCUGCAUAUAAAGAGAAAAUGGAAAAUAUAGAUGAAAAUGCUGACCUUUUGGAAUCGGAGGCCCGGGCCAAGUGGUCUAUAUGGCCCCCCCUCUGUCUGGGCCUGGGCUCAGCCCUUUAUAUAAUCGUAAAAUUGGGAAGCUGGGCUCCCCAGAAGUCAUCUAGCCUAACCCCUGCAAUGCAGGAAUCGCAACUCAAGAAACCCUGACAGGUGUCUCAUAGCUGCCUUUGGUGCACCUAGAGAGACCUGGGGCUUCUGAGGACACAGCCAUGGGGCAGGCGGGCGGGAGGUAUUUGGGGCAGGCUUCUGGUGGUUCGUCUAAGGAUGCUGGGAGGAAGGGGGUGUUCAUUUGCCUGCCCCACCCCUUGGUCACCUGCAGGUUGAGACUAUGCUCCCAUGUGGGUGAUUUGGGGAUGCAACCAACCUCACAGGGUUGUUGUGGGGAUAAAGGGGAGGGGAGGAGAACCAUGUAUGGCACAUUGAUCUCCUUGGAGGGAAAGGUGGGAUCUAAAUGUGUGAAAUAAUCCUCUGCCAGGGCCAGGGCCUUCUCAGUGAUGGCUCCGACCUGGUGGAAUGCUCUGCCACAGGAGACCAGGGCCCUGCAGGAUUUAACUUCCCUCUGCUGGGCCUGUAUGACAGAGCCAUUCCACCUGGCUUUCAGUUUGAACACAGCCUGAUCUUUUAUUCCCCUUCCUUCUCUCCCCCUCUCCUUUUUAUGAAGAUCACCCGCUCUGGGAUCCCACAGCUAAUUCUCCCCUGGUCUCCUCACUGGCCCAAAUAGGACUAAUUUAACCAGCUAGCUAAAUCAUCUAAUGUUGAUUGGAUGGAUUUUCCUCCUAAAUUGAUUUUUGAAUUUAUUGUUAUUCGCAUUUUAUACUGCAUUUUAUGCUGUUUUUUGUUGCAUCACUUAAGUGUUUUAAAUUUGUUGUUAGCUACCCUGAGCCCGGUUUUCUGAACCGGGAAGGGCGGGGUAUAAAUAAAAAUUUAUUAUUAUUAUUAUUAUUAUUAUUAUUAUUAUUAUUAUUAAUCAUUCCUAGCUCUGUGCUGGCCUAGGAGCAGCCCAUCCCAUGAGGCCGAGGCGGCAGCGCUUGCCCUGGCCUCUGGGCAAGGAAAGGAGGCUUCAUAAGGGAAGUGAAGGCCUGUCGUGUCCCCUGCCAGGGAGCCUCAGCCCCAUCUCUCACGCCUUGGACCAGGCUGAGGGGGGCCCCUCUCACGGGACCCAUCUGUGCUUCCAAAUGCCAGCUUCUGGAAGCUGCAGGAGGGCAGAGGGUUUUGUGUUCGAAUGCUGCUUGCGGACUUCCCCAUGGGCUUCCCCGGGGCCUGAUCUAGCAGCCAGAAAUCCGUUCUUGGAAGUCGCUGGAGCAUGUGACAGGCUGGUGUGUGUGUGUGUGUGUGUGUGUGUGUGUGUGUGUGUGUGAACAAGGGGCUCUUUCUGAAGGUGUGACUCCCGGCUUCCCUUGGCAGAGCCUCUUUGGCACGUGCCGGCACAGCCCAGGGCGUCGGCACCGUCCGGCAGCAAGCGGCCGAGCAGGCAGGAGCUGGCGGGCAAGGACUCUCCCAACCGGCACUCCAAGGUGAGCUGGGGUGGGCGCUGGCGGGGGGACCCCCUCCCCGCAGAGGCCUCCCCCUCCGCAGGCCUGACGCCCUUGCUCUCCCCGCUUCCAGGGCGAGGGGCAGUACUCCAGCAGCCAUUCCAGCAGCAACACGCUCUCCAGCAACGCCUCCAGCAGCCACAGCGACGAGCGCUGGUUCGACACGCCCGACCCGGCCGAGGCCGACCCGGACCCCCUGGCCAAGGGGGGCUCCAGCGACAGCGGCAUCGACGCCACCAGCGCCAAGUCCUCCUCGCGCAGGGACAAGCCCGCCACCAAGGCCCCGCCACCCUUCGGCGGCGCCUUGCACGAGGCUGCGAGCAGCGGCAAGCGCAGGGACGCGUCCCCGGCCGUCGGCUCUGGCGGGCAGAGCUGGGGCUACCACGGCCACAAGGCCUUUGGGAUGGGCUCCGGAGGGGCUGCCCGGGGCGGCAGCGGGAACCACCACUUCAAGCAGCCAAGGUGAGCAGGGCCUUUCUGGGGCUGGCCCCCUCUCUCCCAGGUGCCCCUGCUGGAACCAUAGAAUUGUAAAGUUGGAAGGAAACCCAGGGCUCUGCAAGGCCUUCUUGCUCCUCCCUGUCCCUCUCGGAUAACGGAAAGGCUGGUGCUGUGAUGAUGAUGAUGAUGAUGAUAAUACUAUUAUUUAUACUAUCCUGAUAAUCAUAUUAUUAUUAUUAUUAUUAUUAUUAUUAUUACAGUGGUACCCCGGGUUACAGAUGCUUCAGGUUACAAACGCUUCAGGUUACAGACUCCGCUAACCCAGAAAUAGUACCUCAGAUUAAGAACUUUACCUCAGGAUGAGAACAGAAAUCGUUCAGCAGCAGCAGGAGGCCCCAUUAGCUAAAGUGGUGCUUCAGGUUAAGAACAGUUUCAGGUUAAGAAUGGACCUCCAGAACAAAUUAAGUUCUUAACCCGAGGUACCACUGUAUUUAUUUAUUUGGUUUUUCAGAUCAAACUUUUACAGUCAAAUAUCCAACAUACAACACAGAAACAAGAUUCCAAAGAAUCUCUUGGACUUCCCUCCUUUCCUUUAACUAAUUAUUAUUAUUAUUAUUUAUAUCUCUGAUCCGACUGGGUUCCCCCAGCCGCUCUGGGCGGCUCCCAACAAAAUAUUAAAAACACAAGAAAGCACCAAUCAUUAAGAAGUUACAGGAGUGCCUUGCAGGUGUCUUCCAAAAGUCAAACAGUUGUUUAUUCCCUUGACAUCUGAGGGGAGGGCAUUAAUCAGGGUGGUGAUGUUUUCAUUGUCACGAUUCUGCAUGUUUUUAUAUAGAUACAGCUAUUCUGUUAACGUUUAAUUGUUUUCAACUAUUGCUUUCCCCCUUCUGUUUGUGGCUGUUCUUACUUUAGCCGUAAGCCUCCUUAAAGUCCCCAUGCGGGGAGAACAGUGGGAUAUCAACAAAUACAAUGAUGAUGAUGCUUAAAACAUGCACCGUGGAAAAACAUGUUUUUAACCCUACGCCACCCAAUCUCCUCCCCCAAAUCACCCCCAAAUGGGCGCCCUAAAACAGCAGCCCCUCCUGCCCCCGGUGGCCAUUCCCCACAAUCACGCCAGGUCCCAGGUAGCAGUCUUUAACAUCAGCAGUCAGGAGCGCUUAGCCCUGUUUUUGAGUUUGUUUGAAACUUAAACAGCUUAUCUCGUAUUCCUUUGUAAGUUUUUCUUUUUGUAAACUCAGGGAAGUGUUUCAGCCCUGCUCUUGAGUUUGCUGGAAAUCGUUGAAAACCAUUUAAGGUUUACAAUGUUCUCUUAAAUAGGGCUAUGUUUAAUACUUGUCGUUGAGGUUUUUAUACCUUCUUUGUAAACUCAAGGAAGCGUCUCAGCCCAGCUCUUGAGUUUGCCUGAUAUCACUUAAAAUCAUUUAAGGUUUAAAAUUCUUUAUUUCCUUCUGAGGAAACUGAUUAGUUCCGUGAAACAAGUUUUGUAGCCGGCAUCUCGUUAAGUCUUUGGUUAAUUUUUCCUUAAUUUUUUAAAUUUUUGUUAUUCUAUAGUCGAUUACUGUAUUUUUUGCUCUAUAAGACUCACUUUUUCCCUCCUAAAAAGUAAGGGGAAAUGUGUGUGCGUCUUAUGGAGUGAAUGCAGGCUGCGCAGCUAUCACAGAAGCCAGAACAGCAAGAGGGAUUGUUGCUUUCACUGCGCAGCGAUCCCUCUUGCUGUUCUGGCUUCUGAGAUUCAGAAUAUUUUUUUUCUUGUUUUCCUCCUCCAAAAACUAGGUGCGUCUUGUGGUCUGGUGCGUCUUAUAGAGCGAAAAAUACGGCACCUCUCGUUUCAGGGAUUUUCACGGCAAUUCUUUUGUUUUGCUUUGUGUAAUUUCUUGGUUCCCUGGCUGUCUUUUUUUCACAGGUCCCAGGUAGCAGCUGAACGAACACGACCCCUUUGGUCAGGUGUCCUCUCCCCACAGAACUCCUGCCCCCUUGCAGGGGAGCUGCAUGUCUGUGUUGUAAACAAAAAUUGCCCUUUUCCCUUAUGGGGUAUCCAAGAACCCAUAUAGAGUCCUUACAUAGGUUCCCUACUGGUAGGAGAGAAUAACAGAGGCCAAGCAGAGAAUAUUGAGAAGCAAAGCAGCUAGUAAGCUUGAUCUUUAUUGAUCUGCUGCAACAGGGUGCUCCCCUCACAUGCAGGAAAGGAGGAGGAAUCCCGAAAAAUGGCACGCAAGGCCUUAUAAAGACUUUUGAAAUUGCCACCCUGUAGAUCAAGACCACCCCCAGAAACAUCAUACAUACAUCACAGAAGGGGUGUAACCUAAGACCACCCCUCCGAUACAUCAUAUCUACAUCACAGAAAAGGCGGUCUAAACAGAAAUUUAAAUGUUGUUUUUCUCCUGUCCUUGUUUAUCUCCUGUCUGGCAGGUUACUUGAUUGGAUUGCCUGGGGAGCCUGGCCCGUCUCUUGUAAUGAUAAAUACUAAGUUCCUGGGCCAGGUCACAGGCUCACACCCUAUUCAAACACAGACAUACCCUUAAGACAGGAUUUGUGAAGGAAAAGACAAUGGGGAGGCUUUUCCACUUAGACCAUGCAGAGAAAACAUUUGCUCAGUUUAGGAAUCAAAAUGGCUUCAGGUCGGUCUUCCUGUGCUAAUCUAUGUACGUGCGGUUAUGAACAUUUCCAUAUAGGCAAAGACCUCAAAAUUCCUGUCGCAUCUGGCAAUCUCUGCCUGUGUCCCCAGCACCCUCCCCAUAGCGAACUGAGCCUCCUCUCUGUUUUUCAGCAGCGGCAGGGCCACGUACCCCGCCCAGGCGUACAAGGCGCCCCCGGCUGAUGCCACACGGGGCCCCCACAUGCCGCAGUCCAGCUCCUUCCAGCUCUCGGCCUCCGUUCCCAAGUCAUUCUUCUCCAAGCAGGGCAGCAGGAACAAGCACCUCCCGGCCGGGUGGAAGAGGGGCGAGGAGACCCCCGCCAGGCCCACGGCCUUUGCAGACCCCAAGAAGUGAGUAGGGGGCCUGGCCUUCUCCUUCUGCUGGGUAGGGGGCGGGUGGGAAAGAGGGAGGCGCAUCCGAAGCCGUUGAUUUUUGAGGUCUGUUUAGGACUCGCCCCCUGGAGUGUGCAAGGCAGAGGCAAAAGAGGAGAGGGUCUCUGAGCAUGUGCAGACCCCUCACCAGCCCUCCUGCCUGGGGUUGGGGGCUGGGGGCAGACAGACAGAUCAGCCACAGCAGCCCUUGAAUGGAUCAGCUCCCGUUGGAUGGAUGAAGGUGGUCCUGCUGCUCUGCGGCUUGGCCUGCGUCUGGGGCGUGGUGGCUCCUGAGGUGUGCUUCUGGAAGGCCAAUGAAGUCUGUGCGACUGCCAUAAAACUUAGGGAACAAGCUGUACUGCUGUUGCAGGAAUUUAUGUAUAGGUUGGGGGGGGGUUGCCCCUCCAGCAGAUAUCAUGCACUACCAAAACCAGCACAAUCACUUGUGAUUUGUCCCUACAAAACACUUCGUCACAGUUUCUUCCUGCCUAUUCCAAGGGCCUCUGCUGCACAAUACCAAAUGUAAGAAUUCACUGAUAAAUGUACCUGUGUACUGGCUCACUGGAAAACUUCAGAAAUUCAUAUAGACAUGUGAGCUCAGUUACUCAGCAGCCCCUCUGCCUGAGUGAUAAUCCCUGUCAUCCUGAUACCUGAGUGUCAGACAGGUAGCCAUUCCAGAAAUAACAAACCCAGAUGCAGAGAAAAGGGUGUGAUUAACUUGGCUGGGAAACAGGGAAAUGUAAAUGUCUCUUUUGUUACACUUUAAAGUUCUCCAUCCCUGGCUAUGCGAUUCUCAGUCAUGUCAAAAGUCAUAGACUGUUUGCAAUAUUGCAAUGUAAAGGAACUAUAAUCCACAGAUAUAAGUCAUUUGGCGAUCGAUCAGCCUUCAUGGAGACCACACAAUCCCCCCCUCCGGGCCCUAGUAGGGGCGCUGCUAGACAUCCAUUCAGCCUUAUCUCUUGCUCAUAAUGAAAAACUUCUGCAAACAGCUGCACUGUAUGUUGUCCCAAACUGUUAUCUCAAGUCAUUGCAAAGUCAGCCAGCAAAUAUCUCCUGCUUCCCUUGAAAAAGGGAGGAAUUCUCAUUUUUCCAUGCUACGUCAUAUUAACAAGCGCCAUCUUGUUUCUUCUUUUAUCUUUAUCAAGUCUUUCGAGUCUGAGUAAAGCUGCGCAGUUGAAUAUUUAAUUAUAAAUAGAAGUCCAUCUGUACUCUUUUUUUUAAUAAAUUAAAUUUCUUGAUGAGGUUUGGCAUAGAAAACCAAUUGAAGAUAUUAAGAAUAGAAAAAGGACGUACCAAACACCUCCGUAAUCCAAACGCCAUCAUGAGAAUCUCUUUGAAGUCCGAGCUUAAACACCAGGGACUGUACAGUUCUGCAGGUUUUUUCUUCUUCUUCGGUCCAGACUAUGUCUGUUUGUUGUCCAAAUCCAAUUAUUUUAUCAAACAGAUAUUUCCGGCUAUGAGAGUGAUUUCAGAGAGUGCCAGCCGUGUCGUGCUCUGGGACCCAGUGUCCUGCCACUUGCGCCUUGAUGCAAGCUGACAAUCUUGGACAAUCUGCGAGUCUACACGACAGUCCUCUCCCAUCCUGGGGAGUCUGCCAGGGCUAAUUACCCCCAUAUCAGCCCUGAAUUACCGGCACGGCUGGGAUCCGAUCGUAUGGGAGUCAGCCAUUUCCCACCGCCGGAAACAGGAAGCCCUCUGCCCCUUUCUCUUUUAAAGCCACCCAAGUUGGUGACCCAUCGCUACCUCCUGUAGGAGGGAGUUCCACAGAUUAACUCCGCUUAAAGGAGGACUUCCUUUCACCUGUGCUAAGUCUCCCAACGUUCCCUGAGUUCUACCGCGAGGAGAAAAACUUGCCUCCUGCAAUGCUGCCUCUCCCCUAAGUGAAAAAGCCCCGAAUUUUGCAGCCUCUCCUCUACAUCACCCCCUUUUCUCUCCCCCCAGACAAGUGGAUCUGAACACCAAGAAUGUCUUUGGGCAGCCGCGGCUAAGGGCCUCCCUGCGCGACCUCCGCUCCCCACGCAAGACCUACAAGUCCACCAUUGAGGACGACCUGAAGAAGCUGAUCAUCAUGGACGGCGGCUCCUCCGAGCAGGAGAGGGAUUUGGUGAGUUUGGGAUGUAGCAGGAACCCCCCACCCCAAUCAUUCAGUUUGUACAAACUUCACACACUCACACUCACACACUACAUAUGCCACACUUCUGUUAUAAAUUCAUAGAAAAAUCAACCAUACAUUGGAUUUGCACUGUUCCAUUUUUAUUUUACUCCAUAUGACAAGGACUAUCAAAGGGGGGUGGCUUGGUUCUGGUCAGCCAUAAUCCCUUCACCAUCCCAGCACAUCCACAGGAGCCCUGCCCAGUUGCUAUGCCAACCCUGAUGGUCCUAGACAGAAGACCAUCAAGAUCACAAAGAACUUGCAUAUGGGAGUGGAUUCAGCAUGGACUGAAACAAAGGACAAUGAUCAGAUCUUCCCUCUGGGGGCAGGAAACUGCCAACUCCCCUUUGUCUCCUGGAAGUGACUCAUGGGCAGGGGGAAAGGAGGAACCAGCCAGGUGACCAGACACUCAGGUUACCACCACAGCUCCUCCCUCAACCCCUCCUUUCUGUAAUGUAUGCAUGAUGUUUCUGGGGGUGGGCUUGACCUAGAGAAUGGGAAUUUCAAAAGUUUUUAUAAGGUCUUGCACACCAUCUUUCUGGGUCUUUCCUCUCUCUCGCAAGUGGGGGGAACACCCUGUUGCAACAGUUCAAUAAAGGCCAAGCCUACAGGCUGCUGUUUUGCUCCAAGUUAUCCUGGUUGGUGUCUUUGUUUUAGUCCAAGGGAGCCCUCGGAUUUUUCCGGUAACAGGGAGGAAGAGGGGGGCUGUCAGCACGCAGAGUCCAGCAGACACGCAACUCACUGCGUGAUCUGCUGUAUUUUUCGCUCCAUAAGACGCACCUGACUAUAAGAUGCACCUAGUUUUUAGAGGAAAGGGGGAAAGCCCCGUUUUUUGAGGAUCAGCUCACAGUUGUGCAGCUAAGGGGAAAAGCCUUUUCUGAGCCGUUUUGACAGUGGAGCGGACUCCCUUGGAAUUGUGCGGGACUCUCUGUCCAUUGUACCGUAUUUUUCGCCCCAUAGGACGCACUUUUUCCCCUCCAAAAAUGAAGGGGAAAUGUGUGUGCGUCCUAUGGGGCGAAUGCAGGCUUCGCGCAGAUCUCCACAAGCCGUGGGAGCCCGCGGCAGGAGAGUUGCCUGCAUGCCGAAGGCUUGCGGCUUGCGGAGAGUUGCCUGUUCUGGGGGCUGGGGUCGGGGGAAGCUCGGGCUUCCACCGCCCCAGCCCCGCGCCUGGGGGGGAAAUAAUUUUUCCCCCUUUAUUUCCCCCCCAAAAAACUAGGUGCGUCUUAUGGGACGGUGCGUCCUAUAGGGCGAAAAAUACGGUAAUUCCUGCGUUAUUUCAGGGGGCUGGACUAGAUGGCCCCCAGGGUUCCCUUUCCGCUCUUUGAUUCCAGGUGAUGCGUUCUCCAUCCUCUUUGCUUGUGGGCCUCCCAGGAGCGUCUCUCUGGCCCCUGUGGGAGAAGGAGAGUCCCCGGUCCCAGCGGGUCUUUCCUCUCCCGAGUCUCCUCUGACCGUGUCUCUCUUCCUGCCCUCAGUCCCCCCAGAAGACCCUGCAGAGGACGCUGUCGGACGAGAGCCUGUGCAGCGGGAGGCGAGACCCCAGCUAUGCCAGCGCCUACGGCUUUGAGCAGCCCCUGCCGGGGGACGUGCUCUUCACCAGCACCUUCAGCACCCUCCCCGUUCGGAAGCAGCACCCUGCCCCCAGCAACGGGGGCCUCUCAGAGAGGAAGGGUGAGUUCUGCUUUGGGGGGAGCAUAAUAAUAAUAAUAAUAAUAAUAAUAAUAAUAAUAGAUUUUUAUUUAUACCCCGCCCUUCCCGGUUCAGAAAACCGGGCUCAGGGCGGCUAACAACAAAUUUAAAACAAUUGUAGAAGCAGCAUAAAAUACAGUAUAAAAACAUGAAUAAUAAUAAUAAUAAUAAUAAUAAUAAUAGAUUUUUAUUUAUACCCCGCCCUUCCUGGUUCAGAAAACCAGGCUCAGGGCAGCUAACAACAAAUUUAAAACAAUUGUAGAAGCAGCAUAAAAUACAGUAUAAAAACAUGAAUAACUAUAAAAUUCAAAAUUCAGAAAUCAAUUUAGGGGAAAUAAGCAUUAGAUAAUCCCCAGGGCUAGCUGGCUGAAUUGGUCCUACUUGGGCCAGUGAGGAGGCCAGGGGCUGUGGGAUCCCAGAGCGGGUGAUCUUCAUAAAAGGAGGGGGGAAGGGAAGAGAAGGGAAAUAAAAGAUCAGGCUGAAUUCAAAUUAAAGACCAGGUGGAAUAGCUCUGUCUUACAGGCCUGAUGGAAGGAGGUUAAAUCCUGAAGGGCCCUAGUCUCGUGGGACAGAACAUUUCACCAGGUCGGAGCCAUCACUGAGAAGGCCCUGGCCCUGGUGGAGGAUAGUCUGACUUCCUCAGGGCCCAGGACCUCUAAACUAUGGUUAUUCAUGGACCUUAAGGUCCUCUGUGGGGCAGACCAGGAGAGGUGGUCCGGUAAAUAAAAUUCAAAGUUCAGAAAUCAAUUUGGAGGAAAACCCAUCUAAUAAGCAUUAGAUAGUCACCAGGGUUUAAUUCUGCUUGGGCCAGUGAGGAGGCCAGGGGAGAAUUAGCAACGCUUCCCUCCCAGGGUUUUAGAAGCAUUCACUGCCUCCGACUGUGGAGGGCAGAGCGGAGCCAUCCUGGCUGGGAGGCUUCUCCUCCUCCGUGAAUUUGCCCAACCCUCUUUUUUUAAAAGACAUGCAGGUGUCUUCAUUGCCUCCUGUGGCAGGGAGUUCCACAGUUCAACAGGGAGUGCCACAGUCCUGUGGCAGGGAGUUCCACAGUUCAGUGCUACAUGAAGGAGGACUUCCUGUUAUUAUUAUUAUUAUUAUUAUAUUAAAUUUGUAUACUGCUGUAUAAAGGAGGGUUUCCUUUUGUCCGUCCUGAAUCUUCCAACAUCCGCCUUCCUUUGGAUGUCACGAGUUCGAGCACUGGGAGAGGGAGAAAAGCUUUUCUCUGUUCGCUUUCUCCCGGCAUCCUUUUAAUCCUCCCCCGUCUAUUGUGAGCCAAAGAGGGCACCCCCCACCAAGGCAAGGUGGUGGACAUGGUUCACCCCUCCUCUCACCCCCAUAUUAACAAAAACAACCCUGGGAGGUAGCCUGAGCCGGGAGAGGCAGCGACUGGCCCCAAAGCCCCCCCCCCCCGCCCGCCCCCCCAUAUGAGCUUUGUGGCCAUGUGUCAGGAUCUGAACCCUGGUCUCUCCCGGGGCCUAGUUGGCACUGGCUCCCCAGAGCCCCAGAAUCUUCUGCUGACUGGAGAGGCUGUGUCUUGGCUCCGGUUCCACCUGGUGGGGGGGCCUCCAAACCGGGCGCACUUGGCAUGGGGGGGGGUCUUGUCUGGGGAGACGUUGGCAGCCGCCUGACGAGGCCGUUGCUCCAUAGCUGUCAGCCGUCCCUUAUUUGGUGGGAAACUCCCUUAUCGCAGCGCCGUUUCCCGCUGCUGUCCCUUAUUGAUGGUGUCCCUUAAAUUUCCCGGGUUUCAUGCUCGCCCGGCUCGGGAGGGAAGCAGCAGCUCGGGGUCCUCUGCCACGAGAGAGAGCGCACGCAUGAGCUGCCGCAUCUCCGUCUCUCCCUUUUCCCCCUCAGUGGCGUGUCCUGAGGCGAUGGGUGGUGGCGGGCGGGCAGGCAGCCCCUCUCUUGCGAGACUUCUGCCAUGCUGCCAGGGGAAGCCGGAGGUGGCAGCGGCGGCUGAGGAGGCGGCCUGAGGGAGGAGGAAGAGGAGGGGAUGGGGAGGGACGCAGAAGGGCGGUGCUUCAGCGGCCGCCGCAGUGCCGCACCCACCUCAUGCUGGGCUGGCGGGCGGCGUGGGCGAGAGUCUCCCUCCCUCCCCCCUCCUCCUCGGGCGGGGAAGGGCCGAUGGAACUCCUCGCGCCAGGACGAUGGCAGCCCCGACGUGCUGCUUAGCAUCCCCUCCAACCAGUGCAGCAUCUUAAUGUAGUGAUUUCCCCCUCUGCAUCCCUUUCAUAACUCUAUUUUUAUAAAUCCUUUGUCCAUCCAUAGUUCAAAUUUUUACUACAAGUUUUCUGUCAAACCUACCAAUGUAGGUUAUGGCAAUAGCUUUUCAACUAAUUUAUAAACUUUCCCCAUUCUUUAUUAAAGAGGUCCUCUUCCUGGUUUCUAAUUCUGCCUGUAAGCUUUGCCAUCUCGACGUCGUUCAUCAGUUUUGUCUGCCCCUCUUCUUUGGUCAGAGUUGUAGACCCUUAGGAUCAUCUAGUCCAACCCCCUGCAAAACACAGUCAGUGGCAGCCAAAGUAGCAUGGCUCCAUGAGUAGCGGAUUUCUGCAUAAGCUAAGCAAAAUCCCUUAUUUUGGCUGCUGAUCCCUUAUUUUCGAGGCUGCUGGUCCCUUAUUUUCAAAUCUGUAAGUUGACAGCUAUGCGUUGCUCUCCCUGCAGGCGCCAUUUCGGCCUCUGAGCUCUCCUUGACGGACGUGCGGGAAAAGCCUCUGCGGCGCAUUGACCCGGGCCUGAUGCCCCUUCCGGACACGGCCGCCGGCCUGGAGUGGUCCAGCUUGGUGAACGCAGCCAAGGCCUACGAAGGUAGGGAAGGCCGGUGGCGAAAGGGCCGGAGCCCCUCCAUCUUGCCCACUGCCCCCUCUGCCCCCCUAGGGAGCGUUGCCAGAUGCCAGCAUGUGGAAGUGGUUGCCAGGGGGCCUCUGGGGGUCUUGACCCUCCUUGCGCUGGGGCAGAGGCUCCCCGGGGCCUGUGCUUGGCUGGCGCAGGGUUUCUAAUCCUCAAGGAGGCCGGCUCCUGUGUUCUCUUCCGGCAGCGGCUUGUGGCCUUGCGAGGCUUCUGGCUGCAGCUGAGCACCUUUUUUCGUGAAUUACUUUUAUCUCCUGAAAUUUACGUGCCGCUUGGUUGUUGUCAAAGCUGUUUACAGAAAAGAUGGAAGCAUAAGAUUGUCACUUGAGAAAAGCUAAGAGCAAUGAUUUCCAAAAAGUUUGAAUGACAAUAGACUAAAAGACGCACAAGAACUUCCCAAGCAUCCAGGCAGACUCGGCUAAGCAGAAAUACGGUUUUAGCUGGAAGCAAUGCAGUGAUGUCAAAAGGCAGGGAGUUCCAAAGUUUGGGCACCACCACUCUGUAAGGUUGAUUUCUUACCAGGUUAGGGAUGAAUUAUGUGGCCCCUGUCACAGGGCCAGUUGCAUCCAUGGAAGCGGUCGAGUGGGCGCACAGGGGGUGAGGAAGAUCUCGCAGCUAAACUGGACCCAUGUUGUUAAUUGUGAACAGCUGCGUGCUUCCUGCCUUGCAGGGGGUUGGACUAGAUGGCCCUUGGGGUCCCUUCCAACUCUUCAAUUCUGUGAUUCCAUCAGCUGAACUAGGAGACUUGUGGCUCUUUCUGGGCGCCUCUCUCACAUCAUUUUGAGAGCCUGGGAGGGGAAGAAGGGGUGUCCCCGAGUCCCAGGAAAUAAUAAUAAUAAUAAUAAUAAUAAUAAUAAUAAAUUUAUUUAUACACCGCCCUCCCCAGCCAAGACCGGGCUCAGGGCAGCUAACACCAGGUAUAAAAACAAUUGAUUAAAAUACAACUUAAAAAAACAAGAUUAAAAUACAACAUUAAAAUGCAGCCUCAUUUCAGUAGAAACUCAAAUCAAAAACUUUUUGGGGAUGAAAACAUCAAAUCUUCACCAAAGCCAACUAUCCAGACUGGUCCUACGUGGGCCAGAAAAAAGCCAGGGAAGUCCCCAAGUAGGGGUUCCAUCACAGAAGGAGAAAGUAAAGAGGGGAAGGGGAUCAAGUUGAUUCCAAACCAAAGGCCAAGCGGAACAACUCUGUCUUACAGGCCCUGCGGAAAUAAAUCAGAUCCCGCAGGGCCCCGGUCUCAUGAGACAGAGCGUUCCACCAGGCCGGGGCCAGUGUUGAAAAGGCCCUGGCUCUGGUUGAGGCUAACCUGACUUCCUUAGGGGCCAGGACCUCUAGGGUGUUGCUAUUUAUGGACCUAAAGGUCCUCCGUGGGGCAUGCCGCUCCAGUUUUGCUUAAUGGGGAGUUUCCUCCCCGCUCUCCUGGUGCCCUUGCUGCCUUCUUGGUGGCGCAGACCUGAAGCCGUUGUUUGCAGAAGGCGUCUUACCUGCAAAGUCAGACGGAGGACCAAGGUGGAGACUGAGAUCUCCAGACCCCUCAGGGCCUGCCAGGGCAGCUCUAGGGAUCUCUUAAGUCAGGGGUGCCCAACAGGUUGAUCGCAAUCUACCAGUCGAUCGCGGGGCGUCCCUAGUCGAUCCUGGUCGAUCACGGGACCCCAAUUCCCCCCCCCCCCAAGAAAUCUCAACAACUCUGGUCAGUCCAAUGGGUAGAUCACCGCCAGUUUAUUUAUAGAGGGAGUAGAUCUAGUCUCUUGGAAGUUGGACACCUUUGUCUUAAGUCAUGCGUUGCUGAGUUCAAGGCUGGAUUCCCGGAACCGUCAGUGCAAAACGCUGCAGCGGGGUUGCUGACGAGAGCGAGGCCUGAAACCCCUUUUGCUGGGAUAUCUACACUGGAGGUCCAUUUGCUCCUGGGUCAACGUCAAGGUGUUACUGUCCGUAUAGGAAAAACCCCUCAACAAAUUGGGACCAGUUUACCUGCAAGGUGGCCUUCGCCCAUCCAUGCCCACUCAACCACUUGGAUCAGCAGAACGGGCGCUGCUGCAGGUGCCAGGUAAUGCCUGCUGCACCUGUGUAAGAGCUUGGUUGUUCCCAGUCUGGCCACACCUGCACUUUGGAACCCCCCGCCUUUUGAUACCAUGCAGUCUCCCUUCCUUUUGGGUGCCUAUUUAAAACACAUCCUUGUUUAGACAAGGCUCACCCAGAUGCUUAGAAACCUGGCGUGAGUUUGGACCUGUUUUUAGUCUAUUUCAUCUUUCUGUUUAUAUUAAACAGAAACAUAAAAUUUUAGGCUUUUAUCUUUUCUUUUCUUUGAGGGUUUUUGUUUUGCGAUCAAGCCGCGUGUAAAUUUCCUGAAAUGAAAAAAAAAAACCUGAAUGAAUAAAUGUGGUUGGAUCUGUGAAAGAGGCACUGAAUUUGGAUUUGGGGUGGGGGAGUGAGUUUCCUUGAAAAAAUGAAAGAAAAAUCCCAGUCGCUCUGCUUGCCGUCUGCCUGGGCUUAGCCUUCCCAGACAUCCCCCCCCCCUUCUUCCUGGUCGCCAGCAUCCUGGAUUAGCCCCCACCCCUGGAUUAGCCCCCACCCCACCCCUGCUGGCCUCUCAGCUGAGCCUCUUGUCUGCAAAGCCCCAGCCUCCUUCUGCCCCAGCGCUUCCAUUUCAGAUUUAAUUUGCCCCCUGCCUCUCCAUAAUGCACAAGCUGGAAAAUGCAAUAAAACGUCGAGGUUUGCAUGCCUUGUAGCAUCCGAUCUGGUGCACAUAAAGUCACAAUUCAUUUUUUAAAUGAUUUUCGAAUGAACAACAUCAAACGGAGCAAUAUUCCACAAUCCUUUCGAAAACCCAGAUAUCAGAAAUUUGAUAAUCGGUAGAGGAGCAACAGCCGUGUCACAAUAGGUUAAAAUGCCACCGUGGGUUGCGGGUGACCCGGGUGAGCCCCCUCCCCACUCCCUCUCUGGCCCCCCCGCACGGCCGCUUUCAUUUCCAGGCAGGCAAGCUAAUGAGGACCUGGCUGCGGUUUCUGCCCCUGGGGGAGCCGCCUGCCUCCGUGACCUGCUUUCCUUUGGGCUGGAGGAGGAGGAGCAGUGGCUCGGCUCUCGUCGCUGAGCCGAAAGUAGGGCAGGGGGGUGGAGAGCGGUUGCGUGUCCAGGCAAGGCCCGGCUCCGGCAGGGAUCUCCCUUGGCAGCAAGGAGGAGCAGCCGCCUCCCUGCCGGCGGGGGGGGGGGGGGCGGGGAGGAGGUUCGGCAAUCUGCUCAGGCCUGCCAUCUGCGUCACGACGCCGGCGCCACCCUCCCUGCCUGCCUCCCGACUCCAGAGCAGAGCAGCCACUCGGCCGAGCACAGAGGAAGGAGACGGGCCAUCGGCUCUCGUCAUCGGCCGCACGCUGCUCAGCUCACCUGUGCCUCCUGCUCUGCUCUGGUGCCCGGGAGCCCGGCGGGGAAAGGUAGGAGCGGGCAAACUCCCUCCAGGAAGCACCCGGGUCUCCCUCGGGUGCCCUGCGGCCACGGAGGGGGAGAGAGGGGCCCUUUCUCUUGUUGCCCGUUGCAGCAGCCCCUUGCCCUUCUGCCCUGUGGCUCGGAAGAUGGAGAGGCAGGUUACCCACCAAUCCAGGGGCUGGAAGGAGACGGGAGCUGAAAGCGUUUCGGGUGCGGCUGUGACAGCCCAGGACUCUGCGGGCAUAGAGCUGGUGGCAUCUGCCCCUGUUCCACAGCAGGGCAGAGUCCCUGGCCUGGCAAUGCACAGCACCCAUGGGUGUGGGGCACACAAAGGCCGUGGGGAGAGGGGUUUUAAAGCUGUCCAAGUGCCACCAAAGAGUGCUAUGUUCUUCCCAGCAUCUUCUGGUGCUUUGGGGAGCAGGGACCCCCUCCUGCCUCCCCCCAGCAUCCCCCCCCUUUCCCCCUGGAACCAGAGUUCAAAGGGACCCCAAGGGCCAUCUAGUCCAACCCAGGAGUCUCAGCUGAGGCUUCCCUGGCCGGCGGCCCCCAAACCACGCACCCCGGCAACUCCCUGCCUCUUGACAUUUCAGGCGCUCUAUAUUUAGGUUCCUGUGCCUUGGAAGUUCAGCGACUCUGCCUUAAUUAGCACUUGGCUGUUUUAAUUGAGGGAAAGGCAGAAGGGAGGGGUUGAUCACAGCGCUGGGGGGAGUGGAAGAGCUCAGCAGUUGCUGGGGGGGCGUGUUGAAUGAGGAGGUGAAAGGCUUUGCUGGAGAAGCGGCUAAUUGGGUGAGAGGGGAGGGCAAGCGCUGGGGGGUGGAGCCCCCCCUACAAGCCUCUUUGAUGCUCAGUGGCGGUGGCAGAAGAUUUCAAGCAGACAGCGCUGAGAUCACCAGGGCACAGGAACCUCGGCCUUUGCCCUGAGCUCGGAGGGAGCAAACGCCCUGACUCCCCCAAGCCCAGAGCUGUUGCAGAACCCGAAUCCCAAGUCGCCCGUCAAAGCGGCAGCAGCAAAUCCCAGUGGCUGCCUGCCAGGGAAGGGCUGGGCCCAGUGUGUUGCCCGGCCGGUUUGAGCCCCACAGCGCUGGGCCCGCUGCACCUGCAGCCCCAGCGCUGCAGCCUCGGAAAAUGGGCUGGGACUCCAUUCUCUGCUUCUGCACUCCGAAGGCUCUGGUGGCACCACCAGGUGGGUUAUCACCUGGCCCUAAGAACCUGUGAAUUAAUAAUAAUAAUAAUAAUAAUAAUUUUUAAAUUUAUAUCCCGCCCUCCCCAGCCAAAGCCGGGCUCAGAGCAGCUAACAACAAUAAAAAUAACACGGUUUACAUAAAAUCACAAUCAAUGGAUUGAAAUGCAUUCUAAAAUCAAUUCACUCUAAAAUCAGUUCAGAAUCAAAUUAAUGGCAACCAUUGGGCUAGAGUUCUAUGAGGAUUACCGAAGGAGAGGGGGGGUCAGACUGCGCCUUGGCCAAAGGCCUGGUGGAACAGCUCCGUCUUGCAGGCCCUGCGGAAAAGUGUCAAGUCCCACAGGGCCCUAGUCUCUUGUGACAGAGCGUUCCACCAGAUCGGGGCCACGACCGAAAAAGCCCUGACUCUGGUCGAGGCCAGCCUAACCUCCCUGUGGCCUGGGACCUUCAAGAAGUUUUUGUUUGAAGACCGUAAGGUCCUCCGUGGGACAUACCAGGAGAGGCGGUCCCGUAGGUACGAGGGUCCUAGGCCAGAUAGCACAUUAUUAUUAUUAUUAUUAUUAUUAUUAUUAUUAUUAUUUUAUACCCUGCCCAUCUGGGCACUCUAGACAGCUUCCAACACAUAUAAAAACAUAAGAAAGCUUCAAACGUUAUUCUAGAUAGACUGCCUCUGGACCUGGAGGUUCCAUAGGUCCAUAAGAUUAGCCCGGCUGGAUCAGGCCAAUGGUCCAUUUCAUCCUCCACCCUGUUCUCCCAGUGGCUGAACAGUUUCCUGUGGGGAACUUGCAAGCAGGAUUUAAGUGCAAGAGUCCCCUCCCCACCUGCCAUUUCCCGGAGGCCAGAGCACGGCCCCUGGGGCUCCUCGCUGUCGACAGCAUUCCGCCCCAUGAGUUUGCCCAUUCCGCUGUCUCCUGUGGGAGGGAGUUCCGCUGUUUGCGGCCUGCAAAGAAGGGCACACACCCUCUGCCCCCCUCAGGCAGGCAGGGGCCGGGGGGGGGGACUCCCUGCCCCACAGCCCUGGCAGCCCCAUUUCCUGCAGAAGAAAAAUAUAUAUAUAAAUAAAUAAAUAUUAUUUAUUUAUUAUUUAUUUAUUUGUACCCUGCCCAUCUGGCUGGGUUUCCCCAGCCACUCUGGGCGGCUUCCAACGGAAUAUUAAAAUACAAUAACCUAUUAAACAUUAAAAGCUUCCCUAAACAGGGCUGCCUUCAGAUGUCUUCUAAAAAUCUGGUAGUUGUUGUUCUCUUUGACAUCUGAUGGGAGGGCGUUCUACAGGGCGGGUGCCACCACCAAGAAGGCCCUCUGCCUGGUUCCCUGUAACCUCACUUUUCGCAGGGAGGGAACCACCAGAAGGCCCUCAGCGCUGGACCUCAGUAUCCGGGCAGAACGAUGGGGGUGGAGAAGCUCCUUCAGGUAUACUGGACCGAGGCUGUUUAGGGCUUUAAAGGUCAGCACCAACAUUUUGAAUUGUGUUCGGAAACAUGCAGAAAAAAGGCGCGAUGGUGUCUGUCAGGAAGGGAUUGGGGGGGGGGCUGUUAUUUUGCCUGGUGGGGAUGGCCGCGCCACAAAACCCUCCUCUUCCUGCUCCCCUUUCAGUGCAAAGAGCCGUCUCCCUCUUCUCCCUCCAUGACGCCACGCUGAGCCCGGACGUCCCGUCUGCCCACAGCCCCGUCCUGGGGCACCUGAGCCUGGAGAGGCAGCUGACGCCCCGCACGACACCCACCAUGAGGUGAGAGAGACCCCCCCUCUCCCAGCAGAAGCCCCUUCCUCCAACCCCUCGCUUUUAUGUUUGGGGAAGGCGGGCCUCCGACUUCCCAGCCGGGAAUGUUUUUCUGGCACUGAACAUGGGCCCUUUGGAGGUCUGGGGGCAAGGGGGUCGCGCUAGGCUUCCUCUCCUGCUUCUCCCUGGGGGAGCAAGGUCUCUGGUGGGGGGGGGGGCAAAAAAUGUGUGUGGGGGGGAAAUGUGGGGGGGGGGAGCUGCAGGUACACAUUCUCUGGAUGGCCAGGGUGGAGGGGAAUCGACCUAAAAUAAUGGGCUGCCUUUUUUGCACAGCUCUGGGGGGUUUUUUUGGGGGGGCUUCCAUCUCAACCUGCUUCUGGACAUUUUGGGGUCAGGGCACUGGCCGGGGGUCUUGACAGGGGGGCUCUGUUCUCAUACGGGGAGUGGGGCUAAGAUACAAGCGCUAAUCUGCCUUCACUCGCUUGCCAUCUUUUCCAAGGAGGGAUCUCGGCCCUCGUUUUCUCCAGUUACCGUAUUUUUUGCUCUAUAAGACUCACUUUUUCCCUCCUAAAAAGUAAACCUUGUGUGCGUCUUACGGAGCGAAUGCAGGCUGCGCAGCUAUCCCAGAAGCCAGAACAGCAGGAGGGAUUGCUGCUUUCACUGCGCAGCGAUCCCUCUUGCUGUUCUGGCUUCUGAGAUUCAGAAUAUUUUUUUUCUUGUUUUUCUCCUCCCAAAAACUAGGUGCGUCUUAUGGUCUAGUGCGUCUUAUAGAGCGAAAAAUACGGUAUCUCAUCCAUUCAUUGCUCCGUUUAUAUUCUGCCUUCUCCUCCAAGGAGCUCAAGGUGACCUCCAACAUGGCUCCCCCCCUUCUCAUUUAAAUACCCCCCCCCCAACAACAACCACCACUCUGUAAGGUAGGCUAGGCUGAUAAAAGGUUUAGACUGGGCCCAAAGUCUCACACCCGUGAGCUUGGCGAUGGCCGAGUAGACAAGAUUUGGACCCUGGUUUCUUCCAGGCCCCUGGUACGAUGCUCUAACCACUGGGCCAUGCUGCCUCUUGACGCUCUGCUCUCCCCUCCCUCUGCAGCGAGGAGCCCUCUGUGGACCUGACGGGCAAAGUCUACCAGCUGGAGGCCAUGUUGAAGCAGCUCCAUAGCGACCUGCAGAAAGUAAGAUUGUCGUCUGUCCCCCCAGGGGAUGGCUCAAAGGGGGGGGGGGCUCUUUUCCCAUCAUGCCCUGGUACCGCCUGAGGCGAAGCCGCCCCUCCUGAAAUGCCCUCCGCAUUUAAUAAUAAUAAUAAAAUUUUAUUUAUAUCCCGCCCUUCCCAGCCGAAGCCAGGCUCAGAGUGGCUAACAGCAAUAAAAGUAACACAGCGUUCUAAAAUCAAUUCAUUCUAAAAUCAGUUCAGAAUCAAAUUAAUGGCAACCAUUGGGCUAGAGUUCUGUGAGGAUUACAGAAGGAGGGGGUCAGACUGUGCCUUGGCCAAAGGCCUGGUGGAACAGCUCUGUCUUGCAGGCCCUGCGGAAAGAUGUCAUGUCCCGCAGGGCCCUAGUCUCUUGGGACAGAGCGUUCCACCAGAUCGGGGCCACGGCUGAAAAAGCCCUAACUCUGGUUGAGGCCAGCCUAACUUCCCUGUGGCCCGGAACCUCCAAAAUGUUUCUGUUUGAAGACUGCAAGGUCCUUCGUGGGACAUAUCAGGAUAGGCGGUCCCAUAGGUACGAGGGUCCUAGGCUGUAUAGGGCUUUAAAGGUUAAAACCAGCACCUUGAACCUGAUCCUGUACUCCACCGGGAGCCAGUGCAGCUGGUAUAGCACCGGGUGAGUGUGAUCCCGCGGGGAGGACCCCGUAAGGAGUCUCACCACGGCAUUCUGCACCCGCUGGAGUUUCUGGGUCAGUCUCAAGGGCAGCCCCACGCAGAGUGAUGUUAAAGGGAUGUUUGCUUGUGAUACUUACUUGGGAGUGGGGAGGGACAGCAGAAGAACCCCCCAGAAAGUUGACAGACAAGGGGCAAGAAGGGAGCCCGGACUCCUGGGUUCUCUUCUCAUCCAGUGGUGCAGCUUGACUCUGAGCUGCCAUGCCUGCCUCCUGCUUCAUUGAAUAGAGUUGGGAGGCACCCCAGAGCUCAUCUAGUCUGACCCCCUGGAACGCAGGCUUCACAGCCAAAGCGUCCACGACAGACGGCUGUCCAACCUCCAGCAAAGGAGAGGCCCCCACCAUCCGAGGGAGCCUCUUGUGGCUUCUGAUCUCUGUGCAGAGGAAGGGGGCUUCUCCCUAGAACUCACGGAAGAUUCAGGACAAAACGAAAGACUUAUUCACACCGUGUUUAGUUACACUGUGGAACUCCCUGCUGCAGGAGUGGCUUUAAAAGAGGAGGCCAGAGUUGCUCUUGUGCUCCGGUUCUGCUUAAUAAUAAUAAUAAUAAUAAUAAUAAUAAUAAUAAUUUAUUAUUUAUACCCAGCCCAUCUGGCUGACUUUCCUCAGCCACUCUGGGCGGCUCCCAAUCGAGUGUUAAAAACAAUACAGCAUUAAAUAUUAAAAACUUCCUUAGGGCUGCCCUCAGAUGUCUUUUAAAGAUAAGAUAGCUGCUUAUUUCCUUGACAUCUGACGGGAGGGCGUUCCACAGGGUGGGCACCACUACCGAGAAGGCCCUCUGCCUGGUUCCCUAUAACCUCACUUCUCGCAAUGAGGGACCCGCCAGAAGGCCCUUGGCGCUGGAUCUCAGUGUCCGGGCUGAACGAUGGGGCUGAAGAUGCUCCUUCAGGUACGCUUGCGGGUUUCCCAUCAGGGGCAUCUCUCUGGCCACUGUGAGAACAGGAUGCCGGACUCUAUGGGCCCCCUUUGGCCCGAUCCGGCAGCCAGGCUCUUCUUCGGCUAUUAUGGGGCCUCCAGCUGCAGAGGCAGUCUGUCUGCGUUCCUAAGUUCUCGGGGGUAUUUGGGCCCUGUUGAGAAGAGGAUACUGGACGCGGCAGACCACUGCACACACCCCCUUCCAACCGCCCUGAUUCCCACCUCCCUCUCUCUUUUCCCAGGAGAAGCAGGACAAAGUGGUGUUGCAGGCGGAGGUGGCCAACUUGCGCCACAACAACCAGCGCCUGCAGGAGGAGUCCCAGACGGCCAACGAGCAGCUGCGGAAGUUUGCUGAGAUCUUCUCCAGCGCCGUGGAGAAGAAGGAGCUGUGAGCUUGCCGGAGAGCGGGGCUGCUUGGAAGCGAGAGAUGAGGGGCUUGCUGGUGGUGGCUCCUCUGGUGCGGGACCCCAACAACGCCCUGGCCAGCCUCCCUCCUUCUUCCUUGGGGAGCAGGGCCCCCUCUCCCCCCGCCCUCCUGCGUGCCCACUUCCCAGCCUGGCGCCAGGCGUGGCGCUCGGGGCCCGGGGCACCUUUUGCCACAGGUGUACUCUCAGGUGCUUCCUUGGGCAUUUGCCAAGAGAACUGUGAUAUGGGCAACUGGGCUCACCCACCCCAAGCAGGGUAGGGGGCCUCCACUGCCCUCGCCGCCUCUGCCCAUCCUGGCUCGCCACCAGGGGGCACCUUGGCGCUCGACAGACUCUGGGUGUCGGGGGGGGGGACACCCUUCGAGCGAGACCACCGAGAAUCUCAAAAGAGCACUUUCUCACGACUAAAUUAUUUUCUAGAGAACGCAAGGAUGGGAGUGGCUCAGGAAGUUUAAAAAAAAGAAGUUUAAAUGUAUAUGUUCUUUAUAAAACACUAUAUUUGUAUAAAUGGUACUGUUUGUAACUCCACCCACCCGCCCCUCUGGAGAACUCUGUGCAUGCCUCAGAACUCAGCACACACACACACACACACACACACACACACACGGUUGCACAGCAGCAGCAGAAGUUGGGAGCCGUGGGACCUGGAGAGUCCUGGGCAUCGGGGCAGGAGUGGUGCCCCUGCCCCACUGGCCUGCGGGGGGGGGGCUUGCCUCUCGUGUGAGGCAAUAGACGGUCCUGCCGUUAUUGGGGGCCACCCUUCCCUCCAGCUCCUCCUGGGAAUUGGGGCCUCCCGCGUUUCCCGACCUCUGGUACCGCCACACACCCACACCCGGGCACCCCUGUGCCCGAGCGACUCUUCGGCAAUAAGGAAAUACGUGCGGGCAGUUGGUACGUUGUGGUUGUGAAACGCAGACCCUGUUGCGGCUUCUCCUUGUUUGCAGGUGGUUGUUGUUGUUGUGUGUUAAAAGCACAUGGUCUGGAGCAGCAGAGCCAUUUUGGGGGUGCUUUGAGCAGGAGGGGGUCCAUUGCAGGAGGAGCAAGACCCCUUUUCCGGCUGGGUUCGGGUGGGGGGUAUCCUGGAGGCCUGGCGGAGGCCAGCAGGGCUGAGAAAGGGAAGCCUGAGGGGGGGGCGGCUUCUAGCUGCUAGCAUAGGGCACAGGGUCCUCCCGGGACGCCCCAAACUGUGAUGAUGUGCACCCCUCGCCAAAUUUCCAAGCCAGCGUCUUGAACUAUGCAAACCCCAGACCCACCCAGCGGUGGGGGGCUUCCUGGCCCUUCCUCCACCCGACAACGACAAGGCCUUCCACUGCCUGCCCUUCCCCAGAGGGGGGGGCAAGGACCAUUGGAAUUGCUGCAAGAAAAAAUGUGUUUUUUUGCAGGGGGUGAGUAGCCAGGAAAGUGGGGAAGAAUCUCCGAGCUCCGACAGCAUCCCAGGAACUUACACCAUGAUCGUCUUAACUCCCUGGGGUACUACCCCUUUUGCACCCCCAGCUCAACCUUUAAGGAGCCUGCCCCCCCCCCCAUAGAGCCAUAGGGCCUGGCGGAGAGAGAAGCCUUCUCCACCUUCUCCAGAGCCAACUUAGGGGUGCAAAUGCCAGGCAAGAGUCUCAUCCAGAAGUGGCAAAGCCCAGCCCCCCACCCCUGCCAGCACCCCCUUCCCCAAAACUCCCCCUGAAUUUUGUACCAGUAUCUCACUGCAAUUUGUACGGAUUAUUGUCUCCCCCCCCCCAUUCCCACUUUAAAAAUAAGAAUAAAUCUAUCCUUUAACGUUCCUCUCUGUGACAUGGAAGCCCUUCCCCCUCCACCGGGGUGGGUGAGUGGGGGGGGGCCUCGCCUUCAUUUUUUUUGUCAGUUGUGUUGUGUGAGUUGUUUCUUGUGUUAAUUUUAUAAGAAUCUUUUGGGAUCAGAUCUGUCUUAUUUAAUUAUUAUUUUUUGUCUUAAAAAUUGCUGAUAGGAAAGAACAACAACCAGCCUUUUGUAAAAAGAAAAAAAGGAGGGGGGAAGAAGAAGAAUAAAUUCCCCCAGUAUAAUUCUCUGGAAUCCUCAAUGAUAGUUUCUUUGGGGCGACACACCUCUUGGGUGUUGGGGUGGGGAAGGAGAGAAAUAAAAUAAACAUUUCAUAGAAAA